AUGGACCGCAAUAUAUUGCUAAGCAACCAGUUAACUCACAUCCCGCCUUUUGAAUACCUGCGCAUGCGCAGUAAGUUUCCAAGGGAUCUUAUUUCGGCCAUUUUCGGUGUGGGCACCGGUUGGAGCGCAGGGCGUGUCCCUCUUAUUCAUUGCAUACAGACCCCGCCCCGUCACUGGGGACCAAUAGCGGCUCAUCAUCGGGGAGGGGGUGGGAGGGUGAGAGAGAAUGUGCUCUGAUUGGCCAGACCGUAGUAUCUGCGUCUCCUAGCAACGGAGACACCGCAAUACUCGCCGAUACAGACUGCGGGAGACAGGUACCCGACACCCAGGGGCCACACCGCUAUAACCAGGGGGCCACAGCUAUAAAGAGGGGCCACACCGCUCUAACCAGGGGCCACACAGCUAUAACCAGGGGCCACAGCGCUAUAAACAGGGGCCACACAGCUAUAACCAGGGGCCACAGCGCUAUAAACAGGGGCCACACAGCUAUAAUCAGGGGCCACACAGCUAUAACCAGGGGCCACAGUUAUAACCAGGGGCCACACAGCUAUAACCAGGGGCCAUAGCUAUAACCAGGGGCCACAGCGCUAUAACCAGGGGCCACACAGCUAUAACCAGGGGCCACAGCGCUAUAACCAGGGGCCACACCGCUAUAACCAGGGGCCACAGCUAUAACCAGGGCCACAGUUAUAACCAGGGCCACAGCGCGCUAUAACCAGGGGCCACAGCGCUAUAACCAGGGGCCACAGCUAUAACCAGGGGCCACACCGCUAUAACCAGGGGCCACAGCUAUAACCAGGGGCCACACCGCUAUAACCAGGGGCCACAGCUAUAACCAGGGGCCACAGUUAUAACCAGGGGCCACAGCGCUAUAACCAGGGGCCACAGCGCUAUAACCAGGGGCCACAGCUAUAACCAGGGGCCACACAGCUAUAAACAGGGGCCACAGCUAUAACCAGGGGCCACACCGCUAUAACCAGGGGCCACACAGCUGUAACCAGGGGCCACACCGCUAUAAACAGGGGCCACACCGCCAUAACCAGGGGCCACACCGCCAUAACCAGGGGCCACACCGCUAUAACCAGGGGCCACACCGCCAUAACCAGGGGCCACACCGCCAUAACCAGGGGCCACACAGCUAUAAACAGGGGCCACAGCUAUAAACAGGGGCCACACCGCUAUAACCAGGGGCCACAGCUAUAACCAGGGGCCACACCGCUCUAACCCAGGGGCCACACCGCUAUAACCAGGGGCCACACAGCUAUAACCAGGGGCCACAGCUAUAACCAGGGGCCACACCGCUAUAACCAGGGGCCACACCGCUAUAACCAGGGGCCACACCGCUAUAAACAGGGGCACGCUAUAACCAGGGGCCACACGCCUAUAACCAGGGGCCACACAGCUAUAACCAGGGCCACAGCUAUAACCAGGGGCCACAGCUAUAACCAGGGGCCACACCGCUAUAACCAGGGGCCAGCUAUAAACAGGGGCCACACAUAGAAACAGGAGCCACAGCUAUAAACAGGGGCCACAGCUAUAAACAGGGCCACACAGCUAUAACCAGGGGCCACACCGCUAUAAACAGGGUCCACACCGCUAUAAACAGGGUCCACACCGCUAGAAACAGGGGCCACACAUAGAAACAGGAGCCACAGCUAUAAACAGGGGCCACACAUAGAAACAGGAGCCACAGCUAUAAACAGGGGCCACAGCUAUAAACAGGGCCACACAGCUAUAACCAGGGGCCACACCGCUAUAAACAGGGUCCACACCGCUAUAAACAGGGUCCACACCGCUAGAAACAGGGGCCACACAUAGAAACAGGAGCCACAGCUAUAAACAGGGGCCACACAUAGAAACAGGAGCCACAGCUAUAAUCAGGGGCCACAGCUAUAAACAGGGGCCACACAUAGAAAGAGGGGCUACAGCUAUAAACAGGGGCCACACAUAGAAAGAGGGACCACAGCUAUAAACAGGGGCCACACAUAGAAACAAGGGCCACAGAUAUAUACAGGGUCCAGAGAUAUAAACAGUGGCCACAGCUGUACAGGGGCCACAGGUAGAAACAGUGGCCACAGAUAUAAACAGUGGCCACAGCUAUACAGGGGCCACAGGUAGAAACAGGGGCCACAGGUAGAAACAGGGGCCACAGAUAUAAACAGGGGCCACAGGUAGAAACAGGGGCCACAGGAGACAGAUAGCCAGAGCUGGGGCCACAGGAGACAGGUAGCCAGAGCGGGGGCCACAGGAGACAGGUAGCCAGAGCGGGGGCCACAGGAGACAGGUAGCCAGAGCUGGGGCCACAGGAGACAGGUAGCCAGAGCUGGGGCCACAGGUGACAGGUAGCAAGAGCUGGGGCAACAGGAGACAUGUAGCCAUAGCUGGGGCCACAGGAGACAUGUAGCCAUAGCUGGGGCCACAGGAGACAGGUAGCCAGAGCUGGGGCCACAGGAGACAGGUAGCCAGAGCUGGGGCCACAGGAGACAGGUAGCCAGAGCUGGGGCCACAGGUGACAGGUAGCAAGAGCUGGGGAAACAGGAGACAUGUAGCCAUAGCUGGGGCCACAGGAGACAGGUAGCCAGAGCUGGGGCCACAGGAGACAGGUAGCCAGAGCUGGGGCCACAGGAGACAGGUAGCCAGAGCUGGGGCCACAGGAGACAUGUAGCCAGAGCUGGGGCCACAGGAGACAGGUAGCCAGAGCUGGGGCCACAGGAGACAGGUAGCCAGAGCUGGGGCCACAGGAGACAGGUAGCCAGAGCUGGGGCCACAGGAGACAGGUAGCCAGAGCUGGGGCCACAGGUGACAGGUAGCCAGAGCGGGAGCCACAGGUGACAGGUAGCCAGAGCUGGGGCCACAGGAGACAGGUAGCCAGAGCUGGGGCCACAGGAGACAGGUAGCCAGAGCGGGGACCACAGGAGACAGGUAGCCAGAGCUGGGGCCACAGGAGACAGGUAGCCAGAGCUGGGGCCACAGGAGACAGGUAGCCAGAGCUGGGGCCACAGGAGACAGGUAGCCAGAGCUAGGGCCCACAGGAGACAGGUAGCCAGAGCUGGGGCCACAGGAGACAGGUAGCCAGAGCUGGGGCCACAGGAGACAGGUAGCCAGAGCUAGGGCCACAGGAGACAGGUAGCCAGAGCUGGGGCCACAGGUGACAGGUAGCCAGAGCUGCCACUGCUUUUCCAUUUGCAAAUAUACCAGACUGUGACGUAACAGCCCUGCAUUUAGUGCAGAUUCCUAUAAAGAAAAACUAACAAACAAAAAAUAUGGAUUUUAUUUUUUCAUUAGGUUUUUCACCUGCAGGCACCCCUUACUUGUAGCUAGCUGCCAAGCCAGCAUUCAACUUGUUAUACUGAACCUAAAAAUGCAAAUCUGCUGUUUGGCUGAUAUUGGGCCUAGGUUUUACCAGCCAGCUGUCGUCCAGCCACAGCUCACUAAGUACUCUACGCACUAAUUACUGAAUUAACAUGUUGGUGUGAGCCUGUGUACUGUGCAUUAUGAUUCUUAUAUGAUUCCUGUCUAUUCUGAUACAGUGCCGAAAAUAUCAUGAGUCUGAACUUAGAUUUAAAUGACGAUGAAGAAAACAAAAACACUGGUCCAUCUCUAAAUUCAGAGGACCAGCAAGAACGAAUCCAGGCACGGCGACUUCGUAUAGCAGCUAGAAUAGAAGCCAAGAGACGGUAAACUUGACAUUUGUUUUUCAGAGGAAUAUUUUUCCACCCCACAAGGACAGGAGGCGUCCUUACUCUAUAACCUUAUAUCUGCAGUUAUAAUAAACUCUGUGCAGGGAGACAGGGGACCUCCUUACACCAUAACCUUAUAGCUGCAGUUAUAAUACACUGUGUGCAGGAAGACAGGGGACCUCCUUACACCAUAACCUUAUAGCUGCAGUUAUAAUACACGGUGUGCGAGGAGACAGGGGACCUCCUUACACCAUAACCUUAUAGCUGCAGUUAUAAUACACUGUGUGCGGGGAGACAGGGGACCUCCUUACACCAUAACCUUAUAGCUGCUGUUAUAAUACACUGUGUGGGGAGACAGGGGACCUCCUUACACCAUAACCUUAUAGCUGCGGUUAUAAUACACUUUGUGGGGGGAGACAGGGGCCUCCUUACACCAUAACCUUAUAGCUGCAGUUAUAAUACACUGUGUGUGGAGAGACAGGGGACCUCCUUACACCAUAACCUUAUAGCUGCAGUUAUAAUACACUGUGUGCGGGGAGACAGGGGACCUCCUGACACCAUAACUUUAUAGCUGCUGUUAUAAUACACUGUGUGUGGGGAGACAGGGGACCUCCUUACACCAUAAACUUAUAGCUGCAGUUAUAAUACACUGUGUGCGGGGAGACAGGGGACCUCCUUACACCAUAACCUUAUAGCUGCAGUUAUAAUACACUGUGUGCGGGGAGACAGGGGACCUCCUUACACCAUAACCUUAUAGCUACAGUUAUAAUACACUGUGUGCGGGGAGACAGGGGGCCUCGUUACACCAUAACCUUAUAGCUGCAGUUAUAAUACACUGUGUGCGGGGAGACAGGGGACCUCCUUACACCAUAACCUUAUAGCUGCAGUUAUAAUACACUGUGUGCAGGGAGACAGGGGACCUCCUUACACCAUAACCUUAUAGCUGCAGUUAUAAUACACUGUGCGGGGAGACAGGGGACCUCCUUUCCCCAUAACCUUAUAGCUGCAGUUAUAAUGCACUGUGUGUGGGGAGACAGGGGACCUCCUUACACCAUAACCUUAUAGCUGCAGUUAUAAUGCACUGUGUGCGGGGAAACAGGGGAUCUCCUUACACCCUUAACCUUGCAACACGGUAUAAUACACUGUGUGUGGGGAGACAGGGGACCUCCUUACACCAUAACCUUAUAGCUGCAGUUAUAAUACACUUUGUGGGGGGAGACAGGGGACAUUCAUAUACCAUAACCUUAUAGCUGCAGUUAUAAUACACUGUGUGCGAGGAGAAAGGGGACCUCCUUACACCAUAACCUUAUAGCUGCAGUUAUAAUACACUGUGUGCGGGGAGACAGGGGACCUCCUUACACCAUAACCUUAUAGCUGCAGUUAUAAUACACUGUGUGCGGGGAGACAGGGGACCUUCUUACACCAUAACCUUAUAGCUGCAGUUAUAAUACACAGUGUGCGGGGAGACAGGGGACCUCCUUACACCAUAACCUUAUAGCUGCAGUUAUAAUACACUGUGUGCGGGGAGACAGGGGACCUCCUUACACCAUAACCUUAUAGCUGCAGUUAUAAUACACUGUGUGCAGUGAGACAGAGGACCUCCUUACACCAUAACCUUAUAGCUGCAGUUACAAUACACUGUGUGCGGGGAGACAGGGGACCUCCUUACACCAUAACCUUAUAGCUGCAGUUAUAAUACACUGUGUGCAGGGAGACAGGGGACGUCCUUACACAAUAACGUUAUUGCUGCAGUUAUAAUACACUGUGUGCGGGGAGACAGAGGACCUCUUUACACCAUAACCUUAUAGCUGCAGUUAUAAUACACUGUGUGCGGGGAGACAGGGGACCUCCUUACACUAUAACAUUAUAGCUGCAGUUAUAAUACACUGUGUGCGGGGAGACAGGGACCUCCUUACACCAUAACCUUAUAGCUGCAGUUAUAAUACACUGUGUGGGGAGACAGGGGACCUCCUUACACCAUAACCUUAUAGCUGCAGUUAUAAUACACUGUGUGCGGGGAGACAGGGGACCUCCUUACACCAUAACCUUAUAGUUGCAGUUAUAAUACACUGUGUGUGGGGAGACAGGGGUCCUCCUUACACCAUAACCUUAUAGCUGCAGUUAUAAUACACUGUGUGCGGGGAGACAGGGGACAUCCUUACACCAUAACUUUAUAGCUGCAGUUAUAAUACACUGUGUGCAGGGAGACAGGGGACCUCCUUACACCAUAACCUUAUAGCUGCAGUUAUAAAUACACAAUGCUGAGGAGACGGGACCUCCUUACACCAUAACCUUAUAACCCAUAAUACACCUUAUUGCAGAGCAGGGGACCUCCUUACACCCUUAACCUUAUAGCUGCAGUUAUAAUACACGUGUGCAGAAGGGGAGACAGGGGACAUCCUUACACCAUAACCUUAUUGCUGCAGUUAUAAUACACUGUGUGUGGGGAGACGGGACCUCCUUACACCGUAACCUUAUAGCUGCAGUUAUAAUACACUGUGUGCUCCCGCAGGGGACCUCCUUACACCAUAACCUUAUAGCUGCAGUUAUAAUACACUGUGUGUGGAGAGACAGGGGGCCUCCUUACACCAUAACCUUAUAGCUGCAGUUAUAAUACACUGUGUACGGGGAGACAGAGGACCUCCUUACACCAUAACCUUAUAGCUACGGAUUACUGUACGCAGUAGUAGGGGAGGCGGGUCCUCCUUACACCAUAACCUUAUAGCUGCAGUUAUAAUACACUGUGUGCAGGGAGACAGGGGAUCUCCUUACACCAUAACCUUAUAGCUGCAGUUAUAAUAAACUGUGUGCGGGGAGACAGGGGACCUCCUUACACCAUAACCUUAUAGCUGCAGUUAUAAUACACUGUGUGCGGGGAGACAGGGGACCUCCUUACACCAUAACCUUAUAGCUGCAGUUAUAAUACACUGUGUGCAGGAGACAGGGGACCUCCUUACACCAUAACCUUAUAGCUGCAGUUAUAAUACACUGUGUGCGGGGAGACAGGGGACCUCCUUACACCAUAACCUUAUAGCUGCAGUUAUAAUACCCUGUGUGCUGGGAGACAGGGGGCCUCCUUACACCAUAACCUUAUAGCUGCAGUUAUAAUACACUGUGUGCAGGGAGACAGGGGACCUCCUUGCAUCAUAACCUUAUAGCUGCAGUUAUAAUACACUGUGUGCAGGGAGACAGGGGACCUCCUUGCAUCAUAACCUUAUAGCUGCAGUUAUAAUACACUGUGUGCAGGGAGACAGGGGACCUCCUUACACCAUAACCUUAUAGCUGCAGUUAUAAUACACUGUGUGCGGGGAGACGGGACCUCCUUACACCAUAACCUUAUAGCUGCAGUUAUAAUACACUGUGUGCAGGGAGACAGGGGAUCUCCUUACACCAUAACCUUAUAUCUGCAGUUAUAAUAAACUGUGUGGGGAGACAGGGACAGGGGACCUCCUUAUACCAUAAUCUUAUAUCUGCAGUUAUAAUAAACUGUGUGCAGGGAGACAGGGGACCUCCUUGCAUCAUAACCUUAUAGCUGCAGUUAUAAUACACUGUGUGCAGGGAGACAGGGGACCUCCUUGCAUCAUAACCUUAUAGCUGCAGUUAUAAUACACUGUGUGCGGGGAGACAGGGGACCUCCUUACACCAUAACCUUAUAGCUGCAGUUAUAACACACUGUGUGCGGGGAGACAGGGGACCUCCUUACACCAUAACCUUAUGGCUGCAGUUAUAAUACACUGUGUACGGGGAGACAGGGGACCCCCUUACACCAUAACCUUAUAGCUGCAGUUAUAAUACACUGUGUGCGGGGAGACAUGGGACCUCCUUACACCAUAACCUUAUAGCUGCAGUUAUAAUACACUGUGUGUGGGGAGACAGGGACCUCCUUACACUAUAACCUUAUAGCUGCAGUUAUAAUACACUGUGUGCAGGGAGACAGGGGACCUCCUUACACCAUAACCUUAUAGCUGCAGUUAUAUUACACUGUGUGCAGGGAGACAGGGGACCUCCUUACACCAUAACCUUAUAGCUGCAGUUAUAUUACACUGUGUGCAGGGAGACAGGGGACCUCCUUACACCAUAACCUUAUAGCUGCAGUUAUAAUACACUGUGUGCGGGGAGACAGGGGACCUCCUUACACCAUAACCUUAUAGCUGCAGGUAUAAUACACUGUGUGUGGGGAGACCGGAAUCUCCUUACACUAUAACCUUAUAGCUGCAGUUAUAAUACACUGUGUGCGGGGAGACAGGGGACCUCCUUACACCAUAACCUUAUAGCUGCAGUUAUAAUACACUGUGCAGGGAGAGAGGGGGCCUCCUUCACCAUAACCUUAUAGCUGCAGUUAUAAUACACUGUGUGCGGGGAGACAGGGGACCUCCUUACACCAUAACCUUACAGCUACAGUUAUAAUACACUGUGUGCAGGGAGACAGGGGACCUCCUUACACCAUAACCUUAUAGCUGCAGUUAUAUUACACUGUGUGCAGGGAGACAGGGGACCUCCUUACACCAUAACCUUAUAGCUGCAGUUAUAAUACACUGUGUGCGGGGAGACAGGGGACCUCCUUACAUCAUAACCUUAUAGCUGCAGUUAUAAUAAACUGUGUGCAGGGAGACAGAGACAGGGAACCUCCUUACACCAUAACGUUAUAGCUGCAGUUAUAAUACACUGUGUGCAGGGAGACAGGGGACCUCCUUAUACCAUAAUCUUAUAGCUGCAGUUAUAAUACACUGUGUGCGGGGAGACAGGGGACCUCCUUACACCAUAACCUUAUAGCUGCAGUUAUAAUACACUGUGUGCGGGGAGACAGGGGACCUCCUUACACCAUAACCUUAUAGCUGCAGUUAGAAUACACUGUGUGCUGGGAGACAGGGGACCUCCUUACACCAUAACCUUAUAGCUGCAGUUAUAAUACACUGUGUGCGGGGAGACAGGGGACCACCUUACACCAUAAUCUUAUAGCUGCAGUUAUAAUACACAGUGUGCGGGGAGACAGGGGACCUCCUUACACCAUAACCUUAUAGCUUCAGUUAUAAUACACUGUGUGCAGGGAGACAGGGGUCCUCCUUACACCAUAACCUUAUAGCUGCAGUUAUAAUAAACUCUGUGCAGGGAGACAGGGGACCUCCUUACACCAUAACCUUAUAGCUGCAGUUAUAAUACACUGUGUGCGGGGAGACAGGGGACCUCCUUACACCAUAACCUUAUAGCUGCAGUUAUAAUACACUGUGUGCAGGGAGACAGGGGACCACCUUACACCAUAACCUUAUAGCUGCAGUUAUAAUACACUGUGUGCGGGGAGACAGGGGACCUCCUUACACCAUAACCUUAUAGCUGCAGUUAUAAUACACUGUGUGUAGGGAGACCGGAAUCUCCUUACACCAUAACCUUAUAGCUGCAGUUAUAAUACACUGUGUGUGGGGAGACCGGAAUCCCCUUACACCAUAACCUUAUAGCUGCAGUUAUAAUACACUGUGUGCUGGGAGACAGGGGACCUCCUUACACCAUAACCUUAUAGCUGCAGUUAUAAUACACUGUGUGCUGGGAGACAGGGGACCUCCUUACACCAUAACCUUAUAGCUGCAGUUAUAAUACACUGUGUGCGGGGAGACAGGGGCCUCCUUACACCAUAACCUUAUAGCUGCAGUUAUAAUACACUGUGUAUAGGGAGACAGGGGACAUCCUUACACCAUAACCUUAUAGCUGCAGUUAUAAUACACUGUGUAUAGGGAGACAGGGAACCUCCUUACACCAUAACCUUAUAGCUGCAGUUAUAAUACAUGGUGUGCGGGGAGACAGAGGACCUCCUUACACCAUAACCUUAUAGCUGCAGUUAUAAUACACUGUGUGCGGGAGACAGGGGACCUUCUUACACCAUAACCUUAUAGCUGCAGUUAUAAUACACUGUGUGCAGGGAGACAGGGACCUCCUUACACCAUAACCUUAUAGCUGCAGUUAUAAUACACUGUGUGCGGGGAGACAGGGGGCCUCCUUACACCAUAACCUUAUAGCUGCAAUUAUAAUACACUGUGUGCGGGGAGACAGGGGACCUCCUUACACCAUACCUUAUAGCUGCAGUUAUAAUACACUGUGUGCUGAGCAUAGGGACCUCCUCACACCAUAACCUUAUAGCUUCAGUUAUGAUAUACACACUGUAAAAGUGGGAGACAGGGGACCUCUACACCAUAACCUUAUAGCUGCAGUUAUACACCGUGCGUGAGACAGGGACCUUACACCAUACCUUAUAGCUGCAGUUAUAAUACACUGUGUAAAGGAGACAGGGGACCUCCUUACACCAUAACCCUUAUAGCUGCAGUUAUAAUACACUGUGUGCAUGGGGAGAUAGGGGACCUCUUACACCAUAACCUUAUAGCUGCAGUUAUAAUACACUGUGCUGUGAGACAGGGAACCUCCUUACACCAUAACCUUAUAGCUGCAGUUAUAAUACACUGUGUGCGGGGAGACAGGGGACCUCCUUACACCAUAACCUUAUAGCUUCAGUUAUAAUACACUGUGUGUGGGGAGACAGAGACAGGGAACCUCCUUACACCAUAACCUUAUAGCUGCAGUUAUAAUACACUGUGUGCGGGGAGACAGGGAACCUCCUUACACCAUAACCUUAUAGCUGCAGUUAUAAUACACUGUGUUCAGGGAGACAGGGGACCUCCUUACACCAUAGCCUUAUAGCUGCAGUUAUAAUACACUGUGUUCAGGGAGACAGGGGACCUCCUUACACCAUAGCCUUAUAGCUGCAGUUAUAAUACACUGUGUGCGGGGAGACAGGGGACCUCCUUACACCAUAACCUUAUAGCUGCAGUUAUAAUACACUGUGUGCGGGGAGACAGGGGAACUCCUUGCAUCAUAACCUUAUAGCUGCAGUUAUAAUACACUGUGUGCGGGGAGACAGGGGACCUCCUUACACCAUAACCUUAUGGCUGCAGUUAUAAUACACUGUGUGCGGGGAGACAGGGGACCUCCUUACACCAUAACCUUAUAGCUGCAGUUAUAAUACACUGUGUGCGGGGAGACGGGACCUCCUUACACCAUAAUCUUAUAGCUGCAGUUAUAAUACACUGUGUGCGGGGAGACAGGGGACCUCCUUACACCAUAACCUUAUAGCUUCAGUUAUAAUACACUGUGUGUGGGGAGACAGAGACAGGGAACCUCCUUACACCAUAACCUUAUAGCUGAAGUUAUAAUACACUGUGUGUGGGGAGACAGGGGACCUCCUUACACCAUAACCUUAUAUCUGCAGUUAUAUUACACUGUGUGUAACGGAUCGUCUGGCACCCCGACUGGGUACCUCCGUUGAAAGAUGCUCCUAGCGCUUCCUGAGGACUCCAAGCACUCUGGCAGACACCACAAUCACCGAACCGGAGAAACAAAUAAAUUCUCCCAAGCAUAUGAAUGCUGCAGACAGUUGAAUAGGAACCAUACAAAUAGGUUUACUCUCCUAGCAGUCAAACUGGAACAGCAUACAAUAAAUCCUUCCCCCAAUAAUGAGACGACACUUCACUUUGAGGGUUAAGCAGGAACUCCCUGUACUGUCACAUACAGUCUCUUUUAUUCCCAAUCCACAAACAUAGUACAGCCCACAGGGCGUUAUAAAACAACCAAUCACAUAUCAGUUACAUCCCACAUAUUCCCUCCCCUUAUCCUGAGAGGAAACUCAAUUACACAUACAGUUAAAACAUACUUUCUACCCAACUUUCAUAACUCUAAAACCAUACAUCACAUUCACAUAAAAUUACAUAUGCACAAUCAAUCCAUUCAGGGAAACAACAUAUUCAAAAAUGGCACAAAUCAGACAAGGGGUUCAAAAGUUAGUAAAAAGUCCUUUGUGACUAAAUGAAGCAUGGCUUUCUGGCCCAAACCAGUUUCAGAGUCUUCUAUCCUGGAGAUAAGUAAUUCAAUUGUCUCCCAGGAUAGACACAAGACUCCAUUAAGCACAUGGUUGCAAAAAGACACAAAACACUUUAAAAUACAUAAAGUCACAUUUACACAUAACACACAGACAUUUCACAUAUCCCCAGAUAGCUGGGAUCUGAGUGCACAUUAUUAGAUGCAUGGCACUCAGAUCACACAAAUAAGCCUUUCUGCAGGGGAAAUAAACAGUUUAACCUGCAGGGCCAUAGUCCAAAGGGAGCAGGCGAGCAACCAGGCUUCUCCAGUUCACAGUGGCGAGGUUGGUUUCGCCACACUUCUCCCCUUUACCAACUAGACUAACAGGGUAUCUGACCUCCUCCCGGUCAGUGCCCUGGUUAGUCCAGCAACCCACCCACAAAACAGAAACAGCAGUACAGCCCACCCACAAUAACUGGUUACUACACCUGGGUAGAGGAGAACUUUGUCCAUGUCCAGGUGCCUCACCACGACUGUGUGGGCAACGGUUAGGCUGCCUUGGUGGGUUGCUGAUUGGGCAGAGACCAGCGGUACUCUGCCCUGAUGCCAGUGCUACCACGGAAGUAGCCUGGUGGGAGCCUGGUUGUGGGAGGGAGAGACCGACUGUCUCCCCUCUGGAUACACCGCUCUGUGGCUGGGGAACAGGACUGACCGUCCCUGCCCCUGGGGCUGCAAGUGCAGAGACUACGGUCCCAUCUGCAUAGUUGUGGGGCUUAACAUCUCCCCUUGGUGGGUUAGGCUGCCGCUGGAGAGAGGGUGUAACAAGCUCCUCUCUCUGAACUGUAGACUGCUGCUGGGGAGAGGGGGUAACCUGCUCCUCUCCCUGACACUCUCUUUGCUGGUGGAGAGGGGGACCAACUGUCUCCCCUUUCAAUAUUUUGUCCUGCGGCUGGGGUGCGAGACAGAUGGUCUCUGCUUCCUGGGGUACACACUGCCGCUGGGAAGGGGGGGUAACAAGCUCCUCUCCCAUACAUACUUUCAGCCGCUGGGGAGAGGGGAUAACAAGCUCCUCUCCCUGACACUCUCUCUGCUGUUGGAGAGGGGGACCAACUGUCUCCCCUUUUAAUAUAUUGCCCUGCUGCUGGGGAGCGAGACCGACUGUCUCCGCUUCCUGCAGGACACACUGCCGCUGGGCAGGAAGGACUGCACCUUCUGCUCCCUGGGGUACACACUGCCGCUGGGGAGGAAGGACUGCACCUUCUGCUCCCUGGGGUACACACUGCCGCUGGAGAUCUGGGCCGACCGCCCAGCAUCCCUGUAGGGCCGGUAGAGAGACCGCCAUCCCAUCUCUACCUGCCAUCUGUGGGUCUUCCCAGGACCAGUCUAUGAGGUCCCCUUCUUCUGCCGCUGGUAGUGAAGCAGGGGGUACCUCGGCUGCGUUUUCCCAGCUGUAGGUUGGCAGGUCUGGGUCUCCCAGCCAGUUUUCCUGUUCUGUGUCUAUGCCCUGUGGCUGACAUGAGUUUAGUAGUUCCACAUAGUCCAUCUCUAGCUGUCGUUCCAUGGCAGCCAAACGGUGGAGGUCUUGUGCCAGUCCCAUAGAUCUCGGGCCCUGUACCAUCUCACCCCGGUAAUAAAAAAUAGCCCAGUACCGUGACUCUGCUGGACUGCCAAAGUCGACGUCUUCUGCUAAGGCCUUCCACAACAGGCCAGGGCUAGUGUAGUUCUCCCCCUCCGGCUGGAUGUCCUCUGCCCUCCAUGUCUCUGGCUGGACAGUGCACCACCACAGUGCCCGGUAUGAGGCGUCAAGGCUCAGUUCCCUUUCCACAAGGUACUCAAGUUGUCUGACCUGCUGCCCUCCGGGUUGGUCUCCCAGAAGCGGCAUCCGCCAGGCCAUUUGUUCCUCCAACCGGUAUGCGACACCAGGAAUGCGCUGCUGCCGUUGAUACUGGACUUCCUCCAGGGCAUUGUACCAUAGUUCUUGCCGGGCAAUAUCUCUCCAGUCCAAUUCACCCUCUUCCUCAGGUGUGCGAGGUGCCCAAGGAUCCACGAACCCCAUUUUCCCAAAUCUUUAUGUAGACAGGGACGCUGUAUAAACACUAGCGUCGCCUUCAAUUUGUAAAUCCAAACGAACUGUGUCUCUGAGCUGCUUUACCUCGCACUAGGACGCCAUCCCACCGCUUGCCACCAAUGUAACGGAUCGCCUGGCACCCCGACUGGGUACCUCCGUUGAAGGAUGCUCCUAGCGCUUCCUGAGGACUCCAAGCACUCUGGCAGACACCACAAUCACCGAACCGGAGAAACAAAUAAAUUCUCCCAAGCAUAUGAAUGCUGUAGACAGUUGAAUAGGAACCAUACGAAUAGGUUUACUCUCCUAGCAGUCAAACUGGAACAGCAUACAAUAAAUCCUUCCCCCAAUAAUGAGACGACACUUCACUUUGAGGGUUAAAACAGGAACUCCCUGUACUGUCACAUACAGUCUCUUUUAUUCCCAAUCCAAAUACAACCGCCCACAGGGCGGUACAAAACAACCAAUCACAUCACAGUUACAUCCCACAUAUUCCCUCCCCUUAUCCUGAGAGGAAACUCAAUUACACAUACAGUUAAAACAUACUUUCUACCCAACUUUCAUAACUCUAAAACCAUACAUCACAUUCACAUAAAAUUACAUAUUCACAAUCAAUCCAUUCAGGGGAACAACAUAUUAAAAAUGGCAAAUCAGACCAGGGGUUCAAAAGUUAGUAAAGUCCUUUGUGACUAAAUGAAGCAUGGCUUUCUGGCCCAAACCAGUUUCAGAGUCUUCUAUCCUGGAGAUAAGUAAUUCAAUUAUCUCCCAGGACAGACACAAGACUCCAUUAAGCACAUGGUUGCAAAAGACACAAAACACUUUAAAAUACAUAAAGUCACAUUUACACAUAACACACAGACAUUUCACAUAUCCCCAGAUAGCUGGGAUCUGAGUGCACAUUAUUAGAUGCAUGGCACUCAGAUCACACAAAUAAGCCUUUCUGCAGGGGAAAUAAACAGUUUAACCUGCAGGGCCAUAGUCCAAAGGGAGCAGGCGAGCAACCAGGCUUCUCCAGUUCACAGUGGCGAGGUUGGUUUCGCCACACUGUGUGCAGGGAGACAGGUGACCUCCUUACACCAUAACCUUAUAGCUGCAGUUAUAAUACACUGUGUGCGGGGAGACAGGGGACCUCCUUACACCAUAACCUUAUAGCUGCAGUUAUAAUACACUGUGUGCGGGGAGACAGGGGACCUCCUUACACCAUAACCUUAUAUCUGCAGUUAUAAUAAACUGUGUGGGGAGACAGGGACAGGGGACCUCCUUAUACCAUAAUCUUAUAUCUGCAGUUAUAAUAAACUGUGUGCAGGGAGACAGGGACAGGGAACUUCCUUAUACCAUAAUCUUAUAUCUGCAGUUAUAAUAAACUGUGUGCAGGGAGACAGGGACAGGGGACCUCCUUAUACCAUAACCUUAUAGCUGCAGUUAUAAUGCACUGUGUGCGGGGAGACAGGGGACCUCCUUACACCAUAACCUUAUAGCUUCAGUUAUGAUACACUGUGUGCGGGGAGACGGGACCUCCUUACACCAUAACCUUAUAGCUGCAGUUAUAAUACACAGUGUGUGGGGAGACAGGGGACCUCCUUACACUAUAACCUUAUAGCUGCAGUUAUAAUAUACUGUGUGCGGGGAGACGGGACCUCCUUACACCAUAACCUUAUAGCUGCAGUUAUAAUACACAGUGUGUGGGGAGACAGGGGACCUCCUUACACCAUAACCGUAUAGCUUCAGUUAUAAUAUACUGUGUGCGGGGAGACGGGACCUCCUUACACCAUAACCUUAUAGCUUCAGUUAUAAUACACUGUGUGCAGGGCGAGAGGGGACCUCCUUACUCCAUAACCUUAUAGCUGCAGUUAUAAUACACUGUGUGCUGGGAGACAGGGGACCUCCUUACACCAUAACCUUAUAGCUGCAGUUAUAAUACACUGCGUGCGGGGAGACAGGUUCCCUGUCUCACCGCACACAGUGUAUUAUAACUGCAGCUAUAAGGUUAUGGUGUAAGGAGGUGCAGCUAUAACGUUACACCAUAACGUUAUAGCUGCAGUUAUAAUACACUCUGUGCGGGGAGACAGAGACAGGGGACCUCCUUAUACCAUAAUCUUAUAGCUGCAGUUAAAAUACACUGUGUGUGGGGAGACAGGGGACCUCCUUACACCAUAACCUUAUAGCUUCAGUUAUAAUACACUGUGUACGGGGAGACAGGGGACCACCUUACACAUAACCUUAUAGCUGCAGUUAUAAUACACUGUGUGUGGGGAGACAGGGACAGGGAACCUCCUUACACCAUUACCUUAUAGCUGCAGUUUUAAUACACUGUGUGGGGAGACAGGGGACCUCCUUACACCAUAACCUUAUAGCUGCAGUUAUAAUACACUGUGUGCGGUGAGACAGGGAACCUCCUUACACCAUAACCUUAUAUCUGCAGUUAUAAAACACUGUGUGCAGGGAGACAUGGGACCUCCUUACAACAUAACCUUAUAGCUGCAGUUAUAAUACACUGUGUGGGGAGACAGGGGACCUCCUUAUACCAUAACGUUAUAGCUGCAGUUAUAAUACACUGUGUGUGGGGAGACAGAGACAGGGAACCUCCUUACACCAUAACCUUAUAUCUGCAGUUAUAAUACACUGUGUGUGGGGAGACAGAGACAGGGAACCUCCUUACACCAUAACCUUAUAUCUGCAGUUAUAAUACACUGUGUGCGGGGAGACAGAGACAGGGAACCUCCUUAUACCACAAUCUUAUAUCUGCAGUUAUAAUACACUGUGUGCGGGGAGACAGAGACAGGGAACCUCCUUAUACCAUAACCUUAUAGCUGCAGUUAUAAUACACUGUGUGCAGGGAGACAGGGGACCUCCUUACACCAUAACCUUAUAGCUGCAGUUAUAAUACACUGUGUGCGGGGAGACGGGACCUCCUUACACCAUAACCUUAUAGCUGCAGUUAUAAUACACUGUGUGCAGGGAGACAGGGGAUCUCCUUACACCAUAACCUUAUAUCUGCAGUUAUAAUAAACUGUGUGGGGAGACAGGGACAGGGGACCUCCUUAUACCAUAAUCUUAUAUCUGCAGUUAUAAUAAACUGUGUGCGGGGAGACAGGGACAGGGAACUUCCUUAUACCAUAAUCUUAUAUCUGCAGUUAUAAUAAACUGUGUGCAGGGAGACAGGGACAGGGGACCUCCUUAUACCAUAACCUUAUAGCUGCAGUUAUAAUGCACUGUGUGCGGGGAGACAGAGACAGGGAACCUCCUUACACCAUAACGUUAUAGCUGGAGUUAUAAUACACUGUGUUCAGGGAGACAGAGACAGGGGACCUCCUUACACCAUACCCUUAUAGCUGCAGUUAAAAUACACUGUGUGUGGGGAGACAGGGGACCUCCUUACACCAUAACCUUAUAGCUUCAGUUAUAAUACACUGUGUACGGGGAGACAGGGGACCACCUUACACAUAACCUUAUAGCUGCAGUUAUAAUACACUGUGUGUGGGGAGACAGGGACAGGGAACCUCCUCACACCAUUACCUUAUAGCUGCAGUUUUAAUACACUGUGUGGGGAGACAGGGGAUCUCCUUACACCAUAACCUUAUAGCUGCAGUUAUAAUACACUGUGUGCGGGGAGACAGGGGACCUCCUUACACCAUAACCUUAUAGCUGCAGUUAUAAUACACUGUGUGCGGGGAGACAGGGGACCUCCUUACACCAUAACCUUAUAGCUGCAGUUAUAAUACACUGUGUGCGGGGAGACAGGGGACCUCCUUACACCAUAACCUUAUAGCUGCAGUUAUAAUACACUGUGUGCGGGGAGACAGGGGACCUCCUUACACCAUAACCUUAUAGCUUCAGUUAUAAAACAUUGUGUGCGGGGAGACAGGGGAACUCCUUGCAUCAUAACCUUAUAGCUGCAGUUAUAAUACACUGUGUGCGGGGAGACAGGGGACCUCCUUACACCAUAACCUUAUAGCUUCAGUUAUAAUACACUGUGUGUGGGGAGACAGAGACAGGGAACCUCCUUACACCAUAACCUUAUAGCUGCAGUUAUAAUACACUGUGUGCGGGGAGACAGGGAACCUCCUUACACCAUAACCGUAUAGCUUCAGUUAUGAUACACUGUGUGCGGGGAGACAGGGGAACUCCUUGCAUCAUAACCUUAUAGCUGCAGUUAUAAUACACUGUGUGCGGGGAGACAGGGGACCUCCUUACACCAUAACCUUAUAGCUUCAGUUAUAAUACACUGUGUGUGGGGAGACAGAGACAGGGGACCUCCUUACACCAUAACCUUAUAGGUUCAGUUAUGAUACACUGUGUGCGGGGAGACGGGACCUCCUUACACCAUAACCUUAUAGCUGCAGUUAUAAUACACAGUGUGUGGGGAGACAGGGGACCUCCUUACACUAUAACCUUAUAGCUGCAGUUAUAAUAUACUGUGUGCGGGGAGACGGGACCUCCUUACACCAUAACCUUAUAGCUGCAGUUAUAAUACACAGUGUGUGGGGAGACAGGGGACCUCCUUACACCAUAACCGUAUAGCUUCAGUUAUAAUAUACUGUGUGCGGGGAGACGGGACCUCCUUACACCAUAACCUUAUAGCUUCAGUUAUAAUACACUGUGUGCAGGGAGACAGGGGACCUCCUUACUCCAUAACCUUAUAGCUGCAGUUAUAAUACACUGUGUGCGGGGAGACAGGGGACCUCCUUACACCAUAACCUUAUAGCUGCAGUUAUAAUACACUGUGUGCGGGGAGACAGGGGACUCCUUACACCAUAACCUUAUAGCUGCAGUUAUAAUACACUGUGUGCGGGGAGACAGGGGACCUCCUUACACCAUAACCUUAUAGCUGCAGUUAUAAUACACUGUGUGCGGGGAGACAGGGGACCUCCUUACACCAUAACCUUAUAGCUGCAGUUAUAAUACACUGUGUGCGGGGAGACAGGGGACCUCCUUACACCAUAACCUUAUAGCUGCAGUUAUAAUACACUGUGUGCGGGAGACAGGGGACCUCCUUACACCAUAACCUUAUAGCUGCAGUUAUAAUACACUGUGUGCGGGAGACAGGGGACCUCCUUACACCAUAACCUUAUAGCUGCAGUUAUAAUACACUGUGUGCGGGGAGACAGGGGACCUCCUUACACCAUAACCUUAUAGCUGCAGUUAUAAUACACUGUGUGCGGGGAGACAGGGGACCUCCUUACACCAUAACCUUAUAGCUGCAGUUAGAAUACACUGUGUGCUGGGAGACAGGGGACCUCCUUACACCAUAACUGUAUAGCUUCAGUUAUAAUACACUGUGUGCGGGGAGAUUACACCGUAAUCUAUACAAUAAACACUUGAAGAAGUUGUUCUUGAAACUACAAUUCAGACUGCAUGUGAAUUAAUCUCUAAUUUAAAUAAAAUUUUAGUAAAAUAGUGGUCUAAUUGCAAUGAGCACCAAGACAACUUUGUCUUAAUAAAGCAGUUUUGGUGUAUAGAACAUGCCCCUGCAGUCUCACUGCUCAGUUCUCUGCCAUUUAGGAGUCAAAUCACUUUGUUUAUGCAGCUCUAGCCACACCUCAUCUGGCUGUGACUUACACAGCCUUUUUACACACUUCUUAAGAGGUUUAUUUUUUAAACCUACUUUAUUGCGCAGUGUGGUUUAAAGGGACAGUAUAGGCACCCAGACAACUUCAGCUCAUUGAAGUGGUGUGGGUACAAUGUCCCAGGUCCCUUAACCCUGCAAUUGUAAUUAUUUAAUAGAUUUAAAUAAGCUGCAAUAAUUACCUUUGGGGGUUAAUUCCACCUCUAGUGGCUGUUUACCAGACAGCCACUAGAGGGCUUCCGACUUUUGGUCGCCAAAUUGACGCUGGAUGUCCUCACACUAUGCAGAAGGACAUCCAUUGACACCUGAAAUCCCAUGGGAAAGCCAUUGACUUUCAUUAGGUACCCUUUGUCAGCAGGUCCCAGCGCCAAGGGACAUCAGCUCUGGAAUCAGGUAAGUGACAGAAGAGUUUUGUUUAACCCCAUGGGAAGGAGGAAGGGGGCAAAACAACUUUUUUCUUGGAACUAAAGUUUCCCUUUCAUUUGAAAUCUCUUGCUCUGUUAUUUGCCUGCUAGAGCCCACAGCAGCCUCCUAUGUGUCAUUAAAGUUCAAUUAAAAGAGCAGGAGAUAUAAACUCCUGAAGCAAGCACCCUGUGCUGUAAGAUUUAAUUGAAAAUGAAACUAUUUUUUAAAUGUAGCCUGUGUGUUUAGGGCAGCAUAAACAGAAACAAUCGGGAUUUAACUCCUAAAUGGCAGAUUGAGCGGUGAGACUGUUUUGGUGCUUAGGAAAGUGUCCCAUGAAAUAUCAGUGAUUACUAAACGCAAACAUAGAAGUGAAGGAUCCGGGCGCUUCAGUAGGGAAUGCAGACUUGAAAUGGACACAAUGCAAAAUUAUGAAUCUUUGACUACUCAAUGUGGUCCUUAUCAAAUCUGACAUCUGGUAUAAUCUGAAUUUGAUAAAUCUGAUAUAGUCUAGAUUUGAUUAAGACCACAUUGUGUGGUCAAAAUGUCAUCAUUUUGUAUUUUGUGUCCGAUUAAAGUCUGCGUGCCCGGAUCCUUUUCUUCCAUAUCUGCAUUUUCAAGGGGUUUGCCCACUUUGUGUCCUCAGCUACACUAAUGGGUUAUUAUUCUAUUGCAAGUGUGCAGUCCCUAAACACUGACCUGCCUUGUCACACUCUUAAUAGGGAAGCACUUGGGGAGGAUCCUAAUGUUCACAAGGAUAAGAAGGAAGAGCCCAGAAAGAGCCAUAAGCAGGUUGAGCACAGCAGACAGGUGAGCUUGCAAUCUAAGACCGAUGGUUUGCUGCUGGUUGAAUGUUGCCAGUGUUUGUUUAAAUCUCUCUCAGACAUUUUCUAGAUGUCACUGUGUACAGUCAUGUCAUUAAAUGCAUGAGUCCUGAGUAUAAAUGUUUUUGGAGUGCACAUGAUGUGGAAACAAGCCACGGACACACUUUAUAUGACACUAUUUUCUAAAAACCAGGAAGUGCCUCUAUUGGCUGUCUGAUUGACAGCUGUCUUAACCCUGCAAUGUAAUUAUUGCAGUUUAUCAGAAUUUCCAAUAACAAACAUUACGGGGACAGGUACAUUGCACCCAGACUACUUCAAUGAGCUCUAAAUAUAACUGGGGAAUUUCUGUUCAUAAUGCUAUAAUGUCCGUUGAAGUAGCACAUUGCCUAUAUUGUUUCCAUCUAUAUACAUUUAAGUUACUGGAUCAACACUUUUAGCUAAUUUUCUAAUGGACCUUGCCUCACCCAUAACUAAUCAGUAUUGCUUUGUGUCUUGCUUUCAAUAAAUGCAGCUUUCUUUAUUCAGAAGUUGGUUGUGGUUAUUGGUGAUUAUCAUCCACAAGGCUAUACCUGUUGUUUAGUACCUGUGCAAAUUCAAUGAAUAAUUCAGGUUUAUUUCCUGAUAAAGCUUACAUACACUAAACAUAUUACACUGCACAUGGAAUCUGAAAGUAAAUCAUUUUGUGAUAUCUCUCUCUCAUUCUCAGCGAUUGACCAAACUGUUGAGGGAUGGCACAGAACUAGUGACUAAUGUUCAGAUAGCAGCUGAUGCCAGGGAGACCCAAAGAAGGGCAGAAGAAGAAGAGCUGAGGAGACUAAGGUAUGGGUUGUGGACACCAUCCAACGAUAUAUACAUGUGCCGAACAUGAAGUCACAAACAUGUCUCGUCUGAACUUAUUAAUGGUUUUACACUCAUUUAGAAAGACCGGCAGCUCUUCAUCAUGAAUAGUGGGUUAUAGCAUUAACUGAUAGUAGCCAUACAACUUUUGCUAUCUUAUACAAAACUAGUUUCAGGCUGUGAGUAGUGAACUACUAAGCUGUGAUCCGUGCAGAAAGCCACUCUCCGGGAAGGAAGAGUAUGCUUCCUUGUGGUAAAUCCAGAGUGCACACACAAUACACAUCUCACUCAAAGGAGAACAUCUGAGAGCCAGAUCUGUAUUCCUGACACUGCAAAGUCUUGAUGUGCUUAUUUAGUUUCAGGGCCUCACCAGUGUUAGUAAUUAAAACAAAAAUGAAUGGGAAAAAAAGAAAUGACUCACCUUCUCUCCACCAUCGGGUCUUUCGCAACCUGCUCCUCGUCUGAUGUUUCCUGGAUGAUGGUCCAAUCCAUUGCUCCUGAUAGAUUAGCAUUGAAGACUGUAGGUGAAUGCACGGCGCUUGCCGUGAUGUGCCUAUGAUCCUGCCAAAGAGAAUCUUUGAAUACAGUGAGAGCACGGCGGAUGCGCAGAUGGCGUCACGGUAUAUUAGAGUGUGAAAGACGGGAAGUAACAGUCUCGGCUGUCGUAUAGAGAGGGCUUGGAAGGCAUUUUAUUUUAAUACAAAUAUUUAAAAUAAAAUUUUUUAGGAGAUAGGACUAAAGGCACUGUAACAACUUCCAUAACAUGAAGGUUGUUUAGAUUUAUUUUUUGCUGUGCAUGAAGUACAAAACACACCUACCACGCCAUAAUAGCACCAUAAUAGCACGCAUAGGCUCAGUAAUAUCAAACAAUUAGAAACACAGAUGUGGCAUGAGAAACAAUAGCACAAUUUUAAGGUAUAUUAAGCAGGCUAAGUAAGUAUGUCUAGAUAGCGAGAGAAAUAUAUGCUUGCUAGUAAACAAAUCUUCCAGACAUUCUAGAUGUAAGACUAGAGUAUUCAACCCCACAGAUCCCCAACACUAUUAAAUAGGCUUCCAGGGCAUAAUGAUACACAGUGCCGCUGCUGCAUCCAUCCACGCUGUAUGGUGAAACAAGCACUCCGCAUGUGCAGGCUUGAGGGUAAGUUGCACCUGACUCUCACCCUUCUGGCCAAGUGUCUCUACCGCUGCCGGGUCCUACAUUUGGUUGCGGUCCAGACCUUCCGCUUUGUUCCAUGCAUUUGGUCCUGAGAUGGCUGGAAAAGAAAGUGCAGCGCCUGAAGUAUCCUUUAGGGAAUGUAUGCAAUGACAAAAAAGGGAAAACAAAAAUGACUGAUAGUGUAGUUAAAAACUUCUUAAUAGAGUAAGGAAAAUUAAAAAUUGUACACUCACACUUUCAGGGAGCUUAAAUACAGCUCCGACCUGGGCAAAAUGAUCCACGCCUAUGGAUAUAGUACAGAUUCUUCAAGUUUUCCUUACUGCGAUGGGUAUCCUCAUAAAACACAAAAGACAAAAUAAAAGUAUAUAGUAUAGUAUGGUGAGCUAAUAAGCAGGGGUAGGUAUGUAGUUAGGUGUACACUCACAUAUUUUGGAGCCUAAGUAUUGGCUCCAGAAGUAAUACGUGAAGUGGGUUGAUCCCCACUCUAGGAUAUAGGUGAUGUGGAUAAUCCUCCGUGUAUAUAUAAAAGAGAAAUAAAAAGCCAAAGUAGUGCGCACCUUAAAACAUAAUAAAAACUUACUCAUAUGCUCCAGAGAAAAAUGAGGUUUGCUCAAUAUAAUUGGCUUGGGUGGUAUUAUCCCCACCAAGGAUAUAUAGCUCAGGAUUCAGCAGCAGAAAAACAGGUCAAAUAAAAAAGGCCUAGUAAUGAACUUGCAUGCGGCUAGUUUCUUUCAGAACAGGGCAAAGAUCUUAUUCAGCUUGUCCAGCACAGUCAUCUCUCCACAACUGGGUUUGGAGAAGCAUGUGGCGUUGCCAUUUUAUGUGCCACAUGAUAUCAACACUUUUUGGGCCCUAAAGCAGAGGAGCCAUCUGGGUAUAGACUGGGAUCACCUCCACCGGUGCAAAGGGGUGGGCCGGUAGGGCACUAACUGUCAGCUCUGGUCACUCAGGGCGGGAGAGCGACUGCCUCUACCUUCUUCAGUGCGCACCAGGUCACAGAGUAUUUAGAGCCUUCAUCCAAGUUUUGUCCAUAGAUAGAUAGAUAUUUGUCGCUUAUAUUGGGUAGACCCAAGCUGGAGCAACGUACAAGUCAAUGUAGAGUGUUGAUGAGUCUGGUACUUGACCCACUGAUUUUUGAGCAAUUGCCUGGAGUUCAUGCAGGUCACGUCCUGCUGGCAUGGCAGUCAGGCCUCGCACCCUUAUAAAGGUUGUUUUAGUGCAUACAGUAUUCAGUUAAUUUUGCAAAUCAAUGUAAUUUUAAGGCACGCUUGGCAGGAAGACUAAGUGCAUGAGAUGUAUCCUUUGUAAUGGUACAACUUGUUAUGGUGCUUAGACUGACACCUUUAUGUUGGCAGGGGAUUUGUGAUACACUUUGUAUUAUUUACAUGUUAUUUAAGGCUUACAAAACAGUGGCUCUGAGUUUUCUCUCUAAUCGUUUAUCUAUGUCAGUGACAUUAUCUGUGUUGUUCAUAUCAAAACUCUGUAUUUGAGAUACCUCUUCUCUUGUAGAAAUUCCUAGUCUAACGCUACUAUAUCCUCUGCUCAUUUUACCAGAAUAGAGAGAUUAGAUAAUGAGGCCAAGACCAGCCUGGAGAAAUUUGAGGAAAUCACAAAAAAAUGGUUGUCCACUGGAACUAAGAAGAUCCCUCAGGAGCAGUGGGAGUUACUGAACUCUCAGCAGCAGCAAUGCGGCCAGCUCAUCGAGGACAAGAACAAGCUCAUUGGCGAGCUGCAACAGGUGGGUCUUCUGGGUAAUACUUCACAUCUUUUAUAAAGUAGGGGUUCAGGUUAAUACACUCUGAUAUGUGUAUAAUUUGGGGGGAGGGGACCUGGUAAUCCACUCUGACAUGUGUAUAAUGUAGGGGUAUCGGGUAAUGGUCGCUGAUAUGUGUAUAAUGUGGGAUACAGGGUAAUACAUUAACAUUUGUAUAAUGGGGGAGGGGUACCGCGUGAUACACUCUGACAUUUGUAUAAUGGGGGGGGUUCCGCGUGAUACACUCUGACAUGUGUAUAAUGUAGGGGUAUCGGGUAAUGGCCGCUGAUAUGUGUAUAAUGUGGGAUACAGGGUAAUACACUAACAUUUGUAUAAUGGGGGAGGGGUAUCGCGUGAUACACUCUGACAUUUGUAUAAUGGGGGGGUUCCGCAUGAUACACUCUGGCGUGUAUAAUGUAGGGGUAUCGGGUAAUGGUCGCUGAUAUGUGUAUAAUGUGGGAUACAGGGUAAUACACUAACAUUUGUAUAAUGGGGGGAGGGGUACCGCGUGAUACACUCUGACAUUUGUAUAAUGGGGGGGGUUCCGCGUGAUACACUCUGACAUGUGUAUAAUGUAGGGGUAUCGGGUAAUGGCCGCUGAUAUGUUUAUAAUGUGGGUUACACAGUAAUACACUGACAUUUGUAUAAUGGGUGGGUACCGCAUGAUACAUUCUGACAUGUGUAAAAUGUGGGGGGACCCGGUUAUACAUUUUGCCAUGUGUAUAAUUGGGGGUAAAAUGUAUAAUUUGUGUCAUAGGUUAGGUAACAUUGUAAAAGUCGUUGGUAUGUGUUCUACGGAGACUACCUCUGGCAUGUGUAUAAGGUGUGUACUGAUAAAUUUAGUAUGUUAAUAUGUUACUGCUAUCAAUGAGCGUUUAUUACCCUUUAUCUUACUGCAUGGAAACCCUGCAUGACCGAUUGCGUGUCUCUAUAGGAGCUGAAAAGAAAAGAUGAUCAUUACGUUAAGGACCUGAAGAAACAGGCAGAAGACAUUGACAUUCUGAUUGGAAGGAUGGAGGAGCAGAUAAAGAAUUUAAUGAAGACCUACCGGGAGGAACUCCUGGAGAUUGAGGUAGACAGACGCACGGCAUUGCUCUGACAUCACAUACGUAUCGGAAAGCUAUUUACAGUUUGUAGGGAUGGCACCUCUUACUGAUAGAAAAGAUUCUACCAGCCAUUACACCAUAUACCAAUAACUGUUAGAUGUCGUGCUUCAAUGCUUCAUUGGCUCCAUCAUGGCCAGAUGUGUAUUCAUGAUGAUGGACUUGGUUAACAUUCUGUUUGUAACGGUAUUGUAUGGUGCGCUGCUGGACUUUAUACAAUACACAAGGAGCAAGUUUUUGUUGGAGAAAUUAAGAAUAACAUACAUUAAAAAUGCCGAUUCUGCUGUACCAGAACAUGUCCUGCACAGUAUGUUGAUGCUUUUUUUUAUCUGUCAUCCAGAUACGACAUGACUCUUUUCAUAGGAUGUGCUUUUUAAUCUAUACAUUGUUGUUGCAAAUGCUUUGUUUUACCUUGUGCUGAUGUUUGUAUUUCGCAGAGAGCCUUCGAAUCGGAGAGACGUGAGCUUUUAAACAGUAGCAGAAACAAGUGGGAGAAGGGAAUGCAGGCUCGCAGGGACAAGGAGGUAACAAGUUCGCACUGCAUCCAAGGCUAUAAUGCAGAUCACUUUUUGUGCUCUUGUGUCUGGUGCCAAAAAUCUGGCAUAAUAAAGGAUUAAUACUUUAUUUUCUUGUCAGCAAGUAGGAUUUAUGAAAAGUAUCCCCUUCCUCUUCUACUAAUAGAACUCAUUUCAGCAGAUUAAUAGCUGCACAUUCACGUUCAUUAUGCAGGUUGUUUGUAUGAGCCGCGUGCAUACACAGAUUAUAAUAUUAGUUCUUCUUAACGUUAGUUACGAUAUAUGCUUGGCUGGACAUUAUGAACUGAACACAUUGAAAUUCUUUUUUCACAGCUGGAAGACCUGAUGAACCGAAUGAAGAAAGUGGAGGAAUACGAGAAUCAACUAAACCAACUACGGGUCCAGGAUGGCGAGGAAUACAAUUUGAUCAAGAUCAAACUGGAGAAUGACGUGCAGGUUUGAGAGGGGAUUGUCUACUUGGAGAAUGAUAUUUAGAAUAUAGAUGAUACUAUGAUCAAUGAUCUUACUCGAGAAUGAUAUACAGGGCAGAGAGGGGACCAUGGCUCAGAUAGUAACUGGAGAAUGAUAUAUAGAAUAUAGAUGGUACUAUGAUCAAUGAUCUUACUCGAGAAUGAUAAACAGGACAGAGAGGGGACCAUGGCUCAGAUAGUAACUGGAGAAUGACAGAGAAUGAUAUAUAGAAUAUAGAUGGUACUAUGAUCAAUGAUCUUACUCGAGAAUGAUAUACAGGACAGAGAGGGGACUAUGGCUCAGAUAGUAACUGGAGAAUAACAGAGAAUGAUAUUUAGAAUAUAGAUUGUACUAUGAUCAAUGAUCUUACUCGAGAAUGAUAUACAGGACAGAGAGGGGACCAUGGCUCAGAUAGUAACUGGAGAAUGAUAUAUAGAAUAUAGAUGGUACUAUGAUCAAUGAUCUUACUCGAGAAUGAUAUACAGGACAGAGAGGGGACCAUGGCUCAGAUAGUAACUGGAGAAUAACAGAGAAUGAUAUUUAGAAUAUAGAUGGUACUAUGAUCAAUGAUCUUACUCGAGAAUGAUAAACAGGACAGAGAGGGGACCAUGGCUCAGAUAGUAACUGGAGAAUGAUAUAUAGAAUAUAGAUGGUACUAUGAUCAAUGAUCUUACUCGAGAAUGAUAUACAGGACAGAGAGGGGACCAUGGCUCAGAUAGUAACUGGAGAAUGACAGAGAUCGAAAAUUAAAAUUGAGAUUGUACUAUGAUCAAUGAUCUUACUCGAGAAUGAUAUACAGGACAGAGAGGGGACCAUGGCUCAGAUAGUAACUGGAGAAUAACAGAGAAUGAUAUUUAGAAUAUCGAUGGUACUAUGAUCAAUGAUCUUACUCGAGAAUGAUAAACAGGACAGAGAGGGGACCAUGGCUCAGAUAGUAACUGGAGAAUGAUAUAUAGAAUAUAGAUGGUACUAUGAUCAAUGAUCUUACUCGAGAAUGAUAUACAGGACAGAGAGGGGACCAUGGCUCAGAUAGUAACUGGAGAAUGACAGAGAUCGAAAAUUAAAAUUGAGAUUGUACUAUGAUCAAUGAUCUUACUCGAGAAUGAUAUACAGGACAGAGAGGGGACUAUGGCUCAGAUAGUAACUGGAGAAUGACAGAGAAUGAUAUAUAGAACAUAGAUGGUACUAUGAUCAAUGAUCUUACUCGAGAAUGAUAUACAGGACAGAGAGGGGACCAUGGCUCAGAUAGUAACUGGAGAAUGACAGAGAUCGAAAAUUAAAAUUGAGAUUGUACUAUGAUCAAUGAUCUUACUCGAGAAUGAUAUACAGGACAGAGAGGGGACCAUGGCUCAGAUAGUAACUGGAUACAGAUUUGCAGGGUGGAGGGAACAUGCUAAUUGUGAAACUGGAUACAGAUGUGCAGGGUGGAGGGAACAUCAUAUUGAGGAACUGGAUACAGAUGUGCAGAGCAGUGCAGGAAAUCAAGGAGAUAAUGGCUAAAGGGUCACUGUAGACACUGGAACUGCUUCAUCUUAUUGAAGUGAUUAUGGUAUCUGGUCGUCCUCUCCGUGCUGCUUGGGUUCAUGCAGCAAUGAGUGACUGUGAUUGGCUGAGAGUGUCAGCUGACCACUUUCAGCCUAGCAGAGCUCUUAUUGCUGGUAUGAGUUGGUAUGGUAGAAGGAAGUGUAUGAGCUCUGCCUGGGAUGUGGGUGGCCGUGACCCUCAUUCAGUGUUAAAUUGCGUGAAAAUGAAUGGGAGGAUUGAAACGGUUAUAGUGCCUACAGUGGAAAUGGAUACUGAUGUGCAGGAUGGAGCGGAGAAUACCAAUUCUGUUUUAUUAACAUUUUCUCCUAAUAAUUAAUAAAUAAUAAACCUGGAAAAGGUACAGAUGAGAAGAAAAGAGUCACAAACAUGUUUGUCCAUAAACUGCAUUAAUAACAAGGACAUAUCCCUGUGGGCAGCUAAAAUGACAGCGUGUUUAUCUAUUGACUGAUAUGUGUGAUCUCUCCUCUACACAUUGAUAUGAUGACAUUGUCAGCUGGACCUGGGGCAAUUACCGCUGUUAUAAAUGUCUGUUUUAUUACGUUAGCUCCUUCAGCAGCAGCUGCAGCAAAUGAAAGCAACCUACCAGCUAAACCAGGAGAAGCUGGAGUAUAACUACCAGGUGUUAAAGAAGCGUGAUGAGGAAAAUACAGUCACCAAGUCUCAGCAGAAAAGGAGGAUUACACGGUAAGGGCAGCUAAACAGUGCAUUGUGUCUGGAACCUACAGAUUCGAAUCCAUAUUUGUUCUGGAGGAAUUUUUUGAGUAUAAGUUUUAUUUUGCUGACUUGCCAUCUUUAAUGAAUCUGAAACCCGUGGUCUGUCUUGCCGUGGUAUCGCACAUCCACACUGGACAAUGACAUCUUCCCUCACCUCCUUGUGUGUGCAUUUUACAGCAGCGUGGGCUUUGCAUGUAACUGCAGAAUCUGACUUAGUCAAUUGAGAGAACAUUGGGAAUUUUAUAAAGGAAAUCUAUAUACAGCAUUUAAAAAAAAACACAACUACAUUAAAGUAGUUGACAUAAACUUUCUGCAAUUACAUUUUACAAUUUUCAUAUCGGUUUUCCAUUAAAGGGACACUAUAGGCAUCCAGUAGACUUCAUUUCAAUGAUAGAUCUCAAUGAAGUGGUCUGGGUGCCGUGUGCCCCACUUAACAUCCCACAGUUCGCUGUUCUGCAGUAGCUGCAAUAUUUACACUGCAUGUUAACCUGCAUGUAGUGGCUUUCAGGGCCACUAGAGGCUCUUCUGUAAAAUAGCAGAGUAAAAAGUAAAAAAUUAUUUUACUCAGAUGGUCUCUGAUUGGUGCACUAGCCUCCCAAUGCUCUCCUGUGGCAAAGCAUUGGAUUAGCUGAGAUCAUUGAUCUCGAUGAUCCCAACCAUAGAGGUGGAGUGUAGCGGAGAGACCAAGGCGGCGAUGGAAAACAGGUGAGGUCACUACCUUUUAUUAACCCUGGCAGCGCUGGCUGAACAGUGGCUAGAGUGACAUCAUUAUUAUUGUUUAUAUAGCGCCAACCUAUUCUGUAUCGCUUUGCAAUUAUAAAAUGGGUAUAUUUGGCAAGUAAUUUGCAUUCAGAAAAUAUCAGAGAAAAGAGGUGAAGAAGGCCCUGCUCAAUUACAAUCUAUUAUUAUUAUUUUUUUUAUUAUUAUUGGUAUUUAUAUAGUGCCAACUUAUUCUGCAGCGCGUUACAAGGUUAUAAAAGGGGGAAAUUUAACAAUAAAUGAAUACUUAUAUCAGGUGGAGCGCUUAUAGCUUCUGGGACCCCAGAUAAUCUUGAGGUCACUCCAGCUCAGAUUCACAUGAAACAAAAUGCAGAAAGCAUAUAAUAGUGAAGUACAGUAAAAUAUAACCGGUAUAUAAAAAAUGUGAAUAUUUAUUAUAUCUGUUCUAAACAAUAAAUACUCAUAUAUCUGCACUUAUAAUCAAGUAGCAGUAAACACGGAACAAAACAAAGUGAAACAUAAUAAUAACAGCAAAAAUAAAAUUAAGAUCAGACUCUUAUGAGAAAAAUGUAGUGAGCAUUUGCAGUGUCAAACUGCUAACAUCAUUUUAAAAACGUAUUAGUUUGGGUAUUUCUCUAGUGGUUAAAAAUGAACCUAGCACUCGGUGAUAAAUGGUAGAUGUCUCUUCUUGUGUUCAUAAAUCUCAGUCAAUUCUCCCCUAUGGCAUUGCCUAACCAAACCAGUGUCAUAACUCAGAAGAACUCUGCAUUUGAGCUUGCCAGGAUUCUUUAGACGUUUGACCCUGAUGAGCUCACUGCAAAGUGUCUUGUGAUCAGCCGAGCCCUUGGUGGACCUCCCUGCAACCAUCUAUGAAGACUAGACUCGGCUGAACUUGGCCAGUUGUAGAUAAAAUUGGCAAACAGUGAAUUUCACUAGUUGUAUCUACUCAGUGGUCACCCAGUUGCAACAGUUGUUUGCUGAAUUUAUCAAGUCAAAAUAAAUCUCUGUGAUUUAAAGCAGAGAUUUGUUAUUCGCUAACCUGCGUUCUUUGUUCUCACUUUGAUUGACAGUAUGUGGAUGAAAGUACCUCCACUGAAAUCUGCAAUUCGCCAUUUUUUUAAGGAUAAUUUGUGUACAUAAUGCUGUGUCUUUCUAUAGUUGCCUUGAUUUAAUAUAUUUGAAAAAACUUUUAAAAUUAUUUAAUAUUUUUAAAAAUAUUUUAAUAUUUAGAUAUUUAUUGAUAUAUGUUUUAUGCAUGAUGUAUUUUUUAAUAUUUUAAAAUCAAAUCAAUUAAAAAAGUUUACCCAAAAAUAUCAAAUCAUUAAAAAAGCGUAUCCAAAAAUAUCAAGAAUAUCCAGGCCAUUAUUAUAAUUGUGUUCUCUCGUUUGGUGAUUGGAUAUCACAAUCAAUCAAUUUAUAAAAUAUGCCGCUUGGUAGCGUGUGCAGAUGUAUACGGAGAAAUGCAGAUUAUCUGUCAUCAUUCCAUGUAAAUUCCCUGUGCCUGUCCAUCGGGAGCUAUAGUUACUGUAAAUAGGUUUAUAUCCGGCUGUAGAUUUCUCAUUCCAUGUAAAUUCCCUGUGCCUGUCCAUCGGGAGCUAUAGUUACUGUAAAUAGGUUUAUAUCCGGCUGUAGAUUUCUCAUUCCAUGUAAAUUCCCUGUGCCUGUCCAUCGGGAGCUAUAGUUACUGUAAAUAGGUUUAUAUCCGGCUGUAGAUUUCUCAUUCCAUGUAAAUUCCCUGUGAUUACCCAUCGGGAGCUAUAGUUACUGUAAAUAGGUUUUUAUCCGGCUGUAGAUUUCUCAUUCCAUGUAAAUUCCCUGUCAUUGUCCAUCGGGAGCUAUAGUUACUGUAAAUAGGUUUAUAUCCGGCUGUAGAUUUCCCCUGUGCCUGUCCAUCAGGAGCUAUAGUUACUGUAAAUAGGUUUAUAUUCGGUUGUAGAUUUCUCAUUCCAUGUAAAUUCCCUGUGCCUGUCCAUCGGGAGCUAUAGUUACUGUAAAUAGGUUUAUAUCCGGCAGUAGAUUUCUCAUUCCAUGUAAAUUCCCUGUGCCUGUCCAUCGGGAGCUAUAGUUACUGUAAAUAGGUUUAUAUCCGGCUGUAGAUUUCUCAUUCCAUGUAAAUUCCCUAUGCCUGUCCAUCGGGAGCUAUAGUUACUGUAAAUAGGUUUGUAUCAAGCUGUAGAUUUCUCAUUCCAUGUAAAUUCCCUGUGCCUGUCCAUCGGGAGCUAUAGUUACUGUAAAUAGAUUUUAUAUCCGGCUGUAGAUUUCUCAUUCCAUGUAAAUUCCCUGUGCCUGUCCAUCGGGACCUAUAGUUACUGUAAAUAGGUUUAUAUCCGGCUGUAGAUUUCUCAUUCCAUGUAAAUUCCCUGUCAUUGUCCAUCGGGAGCUAUAGUUACUGUAAAUAGGUUUAUAUCCGGCUGUAGAUUUCUCAUUCCAUGUAAAUUCCCUGUGCCUGUCCAUCGGGAGCUAUAGUUACUGUAAAUAGGUUUAUAUCCGGCUGUAGAUUUCUCAUUCCAUGUAAAUUCCCUGUGCCUGUCCAUCGGGAGCUAUAAUUACUGUAAAUAGGUUUAUAUCCGGCUGUAGAUUUCUCAUUCCAUGUAAAUUCCCUGUGCCUGUCCAUCGGGAGCUAUAGUUACUGUAAAUAGGUUUAUAUCCGGCUGUAGAUUUCUCAUUCCAUGUAAAUUCCCUGUGCCUGUCCAUCGGGAGCUAUAGUUACUGUAAAUAGGUUUAUAUAAGGCUGUAGAUUUCUCAUUCCAUGUAAAUUCCCUGUGCCUGUCCAUCAGGAGCUAUAGUUACUGUAAAUAGGUUUAUAUUCGGUUGUAGAUUUCUCAUUCCAUGUAAAUUCCCUGUGCCUGUCCAUCGGGAGCUAUAGUUACUGUAAAUAGGUUUAUAUCCGGCAGUAGAUUUCUCAUUCCAUGUAAAUUCCCUGUGCCUGUCCAUCGGGAGCUAUAGUUACUGUAAAUAGGUUUAUAUCCGGCUGUAGAUUUCUCAUUCCAUGUAAAUUCCCUGUGUCUGUCCAUCGGGAGCUAUAGUUACUGUAAACAGGUUUAUAUCCGGCUGUAGAUUUCUCAUUCCAUGUAAAUUCCCUGUGCCUGUCCAUCGGGAGCUAUAGUUACUGUAAAUAGGUUUAUAUCCGGCUGUAGAUUUCUCAAUCCAUGUAAAUUCCCUGUGCCUGUCCAUCGGGAGCUAUAGUUACUGUAAAUAGGUUUAUAUCCGGCUGUAGAUUUCUCAUUCCAUGUAAAUUCCCUGUGCCUGUCCAUCAGGAGCUAUAGUUACUGUAAAUAGGUUUAUAUCCGGCUGUAGAUUUCUCAUUUCCAUGCCAAUUUCCUGUGAUUAUCCAUGAUUUGCUAUAGUUACUGUAAACGGGUUUAUAUCCGGCUGUGAUUUCUCAAUCCAUGUAAAUUCCCUGUACUUGCCUGUCCGCCGGGGCUAUAGUUACUGUAAAUAGGUUUAUAUCGGCUGUAGAUUUCUCAUUCCAUGUAAAUUCCCUGUGCCUGUCCAGCCGGGAGCUAUAGUAGUUACUGUAAAUAGGUUUUAUAUAUCCAGGCUGUAGAUUUCUCAUUCCAUGUAAAUUCCCUGUGCACACUGUCCGCCGGGAGCUAUAGUUACUGUAAAAUAGGUUUAUAUAUCGGCUGUAGAUUUCUCAUUCCAUGUAAAUUCCUAUGCCUACAUCCGCCGGGAGCUAUAGUUACUGUAAAUAGGUUUGUAUCCGGCUGUAGAUUUCUCAUUCCAUGUAAAUUCCCUGUGCCUGUCCAUCGGGAGCUAUAGUUGCUGUAAAUAGAUUUAUAUCCGGCUGUAGAUUUCUCAUUCCAUGUAAAUUCCUGUGCCUGUCCCGCCGGGACCUAUAGUUACUGUAAAUAGGUUUAUAUCAUUUUGUAGAUUUCUCAUUCAUGUAAAUUCCCUGUCAUUGUCCAUCGGGGCUAUAGUUACUGUAAAAUAGGUUUAUAUCGGCUGUAGAUUUCUCAUUCCAUAUGGAGAUUCCUGUGCCUGUCCAUGGGAGCUAUAAUUACUGUAAAUAGGUUUAUAUCCGGCUGUAGAUUUCUCAUUCCAUGUAAAUUCCCUGUGCCUGUCCAUCGGGAGCUAUAGGUACUGUAAAUAGGUUUAUAUCCGGCUGUAGAUUUCUCAUUCCAUGUAAAUUCCCUGUGCCUGUCCAUCGGGAGCUAUAGUUACUGUAAAUAGGUUUAUAUAAGGCUGUAGAUUUCUCAUUCCAUGUAAAUUCCCUGUGCCUGUCCAUCAGGAGCUAUAGUUACUGUAAAUAGGUUUAUAUUCGGCUGUAGAUUUCUCAUUCCAUGUAAAUUCCCUGUGCCUGUCCAUCGGGAGCUAUAGUUACUGUAAAUAGGUUUAUAUCCGGCUGUAGAUUUCUCAUUCCAUGUAAAUUCCCUGUGCCUGUCCAUCGGGAGCUAUAGUUACUGUAAAUAGGUUUAUAUCCGGCUGUAGAUUUCUCAUUCCAUGUAAAUUCCCUGUGCCUGUCCAUCGGGAGCUAUAGUUACUGUAAAUAGGUUUAUAUCCGGCUGUAGAUUUCUCAUUCCAUGUAAAUUCCCUGUGAUUACCCAUCGGGAGCUAUAGUUACUGUAAAUAGGUUUUUAUCCGGCUGUAGAUUUCUCAUUCCAUGUAAAUUCCCUGUCAUUGUCCAUCGGGAGCUAUAGUUACUGUAAAUAGGUUUAUAUCCGGCUGUAGAUUUCUCAUUCCAUGUAAAUUCCCUGUGCCUGUCCAUCAGGAGCUAUAGUUACUGUAAAUAGGUUUAUAUCCGGCUGUAGAUUUCUCAUUCCAUGUAAAUUCCCUGUGCCUGUCCAUCGGGAGCUAUAGUUACUGUAAAUAGGUUUAUAUCCGGCUGUAGAUUUCUCAUUCCAUGUAAAUUCCCUGUGCCUGUCCAUCGGGAGCUAUAGUUACUGUAAAUAGGUUUAUAUCCGGCUGUAGAUUUCUCAUUCCAUGUAAAUUCCCUGUGCCUGUCCAUCGGGAGCUAUAGUUACUGUAAAUAGGUUUGUAUCCGGCUGUAGAUUUCUCAUUCCAUGUAAAUUCCCUGUGCCUGUCCAUCGGGAGCUAUAGUUACUGUAAAUAGGUUUAUAUCCGGCUGUAGAUUUCUCAUUCCAUGUAAAUUCCCUGUGCCUGUCCAUCGGGAGCUAUAGUUACUGUAAAUAGGUUUAUAUCCGGCUGUAGAUUUCUCAUUCCAUGUAAAUUCCCUGUGAUUGUCCAUUGGGAGCUAUAGUUACUGUAAAUAGGUUUAUAUCCGGCUGUAGAUUUCUCAUUCCAUGUAAAUUCCCUGUGAUUAUCCAUCGGUUGCUAUAGUUACUGUAAACAGGUUUAUAUCCGGCUGUAGAUUUCUCAUUCCAUGUAAAUUCCCUGUCAUUGUCCAUCGGGAGCUAUAGUUACUGUAAAUAGGUUUAUAUCCGGCUGUAGAUUUCUCAUUCCAUGUAAAUUCCCUGUGCCUGUCCAUCGGGAGCUAUAGUUACUGUAAAUAGGUUUAUAUCCGGCUGUAGAUUUCUCAUUCCAUGUAAAUUCCCUGUCAUUGUCCAUCGGGAGCUAUAGUUACUGUAAAUAGGUUUAUAUCCGGCUGUAGAUUUCUCAUUUCAGACAUUAUCUGAUCUCUAUUCCUGCUGACACUUUCUUUUCUUUAGCUUACAGGACGCCCUUAAUAACCUGAGAAUAAAGUUAGACAAGCAAAUAAAACAGGGCAAGGAUGAUAACCAGGCGCUGACAGACGACUUGAAGCGGAUUGUAGAUCAGUACAAGGAGCUUCAGAAGAAAAUGAGGUAAGUUGUCUGCUUUCCAAGGUACUUUCUGUGCUUACAGUGAGAGAACAGAGAUCUUGUCCUCUGGCCGCACCAUCUCUCCAAAAUACUUGGUAAAUAUGGACAAAAGUCUGAACCCUUUGUAUAUUUUUAACACAUUUUUUUCGAAACAUCAAAUGUAAUAGAAGGUAAAUAUGGAUCGGAAUUGGACAAUACCAAAACAACAAUCCUAUAGACUGUAAGCUCGUUUGAGCAGGGCCCUCAUCAGCCUAUUGUUCUGGUAAAUAUUUGUAAUUGUUAAAUCUCCCCCUCUGAUACACUCAACCAGAGGGGGUGUUUCAAGUUCCCUGAGGGUCCCUGGCUCCCGAAGUCAAGUUAGAACUACAGAUGUACUAUUGGAACUAUGCACACUUGAAAGUACAAUCACAAAAAUAAUUUUUAUUUAACCCCUUCAGGACGAGUGACGGACGAGGUCCGUCACUCAGGGGAAACCCUUAAUGACGAGUGACGGACCUUGUCCGUCAUGAGGUAAAAUUAACCCCGGAUCGCCGCUAUUGCAGCAAUCGCGGGGUUAAUGGUGCUCCGGUCUGCCUCUGUAUUAGAGGCAGACCGGGAGCACCCGAUCAGGUUGCCCAGCACAUGUGCUCGCUCUGAACGCAUGUCAGAGCGAGCACAUGUGCUUAGUAUACUUACCUUUCGUCUCCCUGCACUUCCUGGUUCUGUGUGAAGUGCAGGGAGUCGGAACAGUGAUGAUCCUGCCCCCUGUUGGAAAAAAAAAAAAAUUUCAUUUAAAAUCCCACCCCCCUUUACCCAUUUUAAUAAAAAAAUAACCCCUCCCCUGCCAAUUGAUCACUGACUACAGUGAUCAAUUGGCAGGGAUUACAUUUUACUAUGAUCUGAUUUUUUUUUUUUUUUAACCCUCAGAGGUUAAAUUUAUUUAAUUAAUUAAUUAAAAUAUUUUAAAAUUAUAUAUUUAGCUAGCUGGGGUGGAAGUUAGUGGGGAAUUGGGGGAUUUGGCGUUAGGCUAACUAGGGGUUAACGUUAAAAAAAGUUUUAAAAUAAACUUUAAAAAGUUAAAAAUUAAGCUUAAAAAAUGUUUUAAUAACGUUUAAGUAAAAAAUAAAAAAAAAACCCUUUACCUAGUCCAAAUAAAAAUUAACCCCUUCCCUGCCAGUCGAUCACUGCCUACAGUGAUCAAAUACAGAUCACAGUAUUAUACUGUGAUCUAAUUUUUUUUAACCCCUGAGGAUUAACUUUUAUUUAUUUUUUAACCCUCAGGGGUUCAAUUUAUUUAAUUAAUUAAUUUAAAUAUUUUAUAACUAUAUAUUUUGCUAGCUGGGGUGGGUGGGAGUUAUGGGAAAAUGAGGAAUUUACUGUUAGUGCUGCGUACUGCUAGUUAGGGGUUAACGGUAAAAAAAAAAGCUUAGAAAAAUGUUAAAUCUGUAAAAAAGUUUUAAGAAAGUUUAGGAAAGUUUAAAAAAAAUUAAUAAGCAAAACAAAAGUUUAAAAACUAGUUUUUAAAAGUAAAAAAGUUAUAAAAAGUAAAAAAAUACAUUUUAAAAACGCUCAUUACCACUACACCUGGAACAAACUAGAGAAAAAAUUAUCCCACGCCAAGGUUCAAAAUAUGCCUUUUGAAUUACCCCAGAGUGUGUUCUUUAAUAAAUAGUAUGUGUUUGUGGGGAAGUCAAUAACCAACCGUCUAAACUACUCCAAAUUGGAACAUGGACACAGCGUAAAACUUCAAAGUUAGAAAAAAACUGAAUGGCUGCGUCUCAAAUGCGCCCCUUCAACAUCCACAUAUACCUGGCAAAGGUACAUACGGGGGUAUUGCUGUACUCAGCCGACAUAGCUGAGCAACAUAUGAAGUAUUAUACAGUCGUAGCACACAUAAGGUUUGCAAAAUAUACUGUGCAAACUCACUUUGUAUGUCAAAAGGCAGAAAAAACGCUUAUUACCACUACACCUGGUACAAGCUAGCGGAAAAAUGAUCCCACGCUAAGGUUCAAAAUAUACCUUUUGAAAUACCCUGGGGUGUCUACUUUAAGAAAUGGUAGGCCUUUGUGGGGUAGUUUGAAUUUAAAACCUGCGAAGAUGCUUGGAAAUUGCACAUAGGCCCAGCGUCAAAAUUCAAAGUUCGGUAAAAACGGAUAUGGCUUGGUCUCCUAUAUGGCACUGUAGCUUCACAAAAUACAGGGAGUGCAGAAUUAUUAGGCAAGUUGUAUUUUUGAGGAUUAAUUUUAUUAUUGAACAACCAUGUUCUCAAUGAACCCAAAAAACUCAUUAAUAUCAAAACUGAAUAUUUUUGGAAGUAGUUUUUAGUUUGUUUUUAGUUAUAGCUAUGUUAGGGGGAUAUCUGUGUGUGCAGGUGACUAUUACUGUGCAUAAUUAUUAGGCAACUUAACAAAAAACAAAUAUAUACCCAUUUCAAUUAUUUAUUAUUACCAGUGAAACCAAUAUAACAUCUCAACAUUCACAAAUAUACAUUUCUGACAUUCAAAAACAAAACAAAAACAAAUCAGUGACCAAUAUAGCCACCUUUCUUUGCAAGGACACUCAAAAGCCUGCCAUCCAUGGAUUCUGUCAGUGUUUUGAUCUGUUCACCAUCAACAUUGCGUGCAGCAGCAACCACAGCCUCCCAGACACUGUUCAGAGAGGUGUACUGUUUUCCCUCCUUGUAAAUCUCACAUUUGAUGAUGGACCACAGGUUCUCAAUGGGGUUCAGAUCAGGUGAACAAGGAGGCCAUGUCAUUAGAUUUUCUUCUUUUAUACCCUUUCUUGCCAGCCACGCUGUGGAGUACUUGGACGCGUGUGAUGGAGCAUUGUCCUGCAUGAAAAUCAUGUUUUUCUUGAAGGAUGCAGACUUCUUCCUGUACCACUGCUUGAAGAAGGUGUCUUCCAGGAACUGGCAGUAGGACUGGGAGUUGAGCUUGACUCCAUCCUCAACCCGAAAAGACCCCACAAGCUCAUCUUUGAUGAUACCAGCCCAAACCAGUACUCCACCUCCACCUUGCUGGCGUCUGAGUCGGACUGGAGCUCUCUGCCCUUUACCAAUCCAGCCACGGGCCCAUCCAUCUGGCCCAUCAAGACUCACUCUCAUUUCAUCAGUCCAUAAAACCUUAGAAAAAUCAGUCUUGAGAUAUUUCUUGGCCCAGUCUUGAUGUUUCAGCUUGUGUGUCUUGUUCAGUGGUGGUCGUCUUUCAGCCUUUCUUACCUUGGCCAUGUCUCUGAGUAUUGCACACCUUGUGCUUUUGGGCACUCCAGUGAUGUUGCAGCUCUGAAAUAUGGCCAAAAAAAAAAAGGGCCCUUUAUAUGUAUUUAGGACAUAUUUGAAAGGUGCAGGAUGGGAGAAUAGGUAGGUAGGAGCAGUGUUAUGUAGAGAUUUGUAACUAAGCACCGGAAUUGUAAAUUAAGGCCUAUAUUUUAUGGGAAGCCAAUGUAAGAACUGUCUGAGGGUGGAGCCGUUGGAGGUGUGGGCGUCCAGAGAGAUGAGCCUUACCGCCACAUUCAUUAUAGACUGUAACUGGGCCAACUACGAAUGUGUGAGACCAUUUAUGAGUGGAUUGCAGUAGUUAAGAUGAGAGAAGAUAGUGGCAUGGACCAGCACCAUAGCCGCUUCUGACAUUAUAUUUUUCAGAUGAGAGCGGCAGGAUUUGGCGGCAGGAUUUGGCAAUUGACAUUGAAGAUCUCGCCAAUGACUGCAGAAUGCUGUAACUUUAGUAAUGAGGCUAGCUGGAGCUCACAGCACAGGCAAACACUGUCCCACAGCUGGUCAUCCAUCUUAGACAACUGCAACCCUGAUGGAGGAUAGACCUCAUAACAGUGUUUGGUUGGCAUGAAAUGGCUCGCAGGCCGGUACUUUGAGACCCCUGCUCAUGCUUACAAAGCAUCAUAUUGCAGUUUUAUUAACAACUCUCUACCAUGACAACCGAUCCACCCGAGCAAACCACCAAUGAAGUUUAUUAAGGGACUGUAAAUCUCAGUGGAGCCAGUUCAUCAUGUCUGUAUAUUAUGUUUAAAGGAUCUUCUGGCUGCCUUUGGAAGGAGGAUUCUCUCAGGCCUUGUCUCAUACAGUUCUGUAAUGCAUUAUAUUGCUAGACAUUGUAUGUACUUAUUGUUGUGUUCAGUGAGAGCCCUGAUCUUGAUUUGUUUGACAGGCAUUUCGCCAUAGUGGAUGAAAAGAAAUUCACUGAUAUCUGGCUGAUGAAUGAAGAGGAGAUGAAGGAGCUGGUGAUUCGAGCUCUGGAUUCUGACCGUAUUAUCCAUGAGCAGCAGCUGGGUCUGCCCUGGAAAGCCCCUGACCUUUCAUUCAUGGACAAUGUUGGACCUCUGGUGCGUCAGGAGAAGGUGAAGAAGACAGCCAGCAUGCUGGCACAGGAAGUGAUGGCAUCGUCAGGUAGGAAGGACGUGUGUUAUUUCUUUCUGUGAUUUUCUAUGAAGAGGUUCAUUUAAAUAAUAAAGCAGAUUAAAUUGUGGAUUCUCUUAGAGAGCAACUAAACAUGAUAUAAAAAAAUCAUACAUCAAAUCAUAUAAAUAAUGCUUUACAGAUUAAUUAAUAGCUACUAACUAAUCAAAAAAGGUACAUUUCAAAUGUGUUGCAAUACUAAGUAUUCUUGUUUGGAGACCCCACAUAUUUGUUUGACGUCCACAAAAAACACGAGAAACAUCUCUGAUCCGAAUAAAGAUUUAAUCUCAAGAGUGUUCUGUGAAAACGCAGCAUUUAUAAAUAGAUUAAUCUUUGCUGGAUUACAAUUUUUUUUUUUGUGUGUGUUUUUUUUAAUUUAAAAUGGUGGCUCAGUUAUCUAAAUCAUUUGAAUAUAAUUUUAACUUUCUUGUUUAUUUAAGAAAUAUAUUUGCUAGCGUAAUAAAUACAUGGAUAGAUGUUAUCAUAUUACAAAAUGUUUCAAGAAAAAGCAGUAAAAAAAUUAAAAAUUUAGCAAAUUAAAACCUGUUAGAAAUUACCUAUACUAUUUCAUUGUUUUACUUUUUCACCACCUCAUUUACAACAUCCACAGGCAGUGUGGCAUCGUAGCAAUAUAAUAUGAUACAUUGUUUGCUAUGGAGCAUUAUUUACCAUAUACUGUGUGUAGUAUGUUUGUGCAGGAUGCUGGUUUUGCUGUAAUUAUUUUAUUUGUAAAUACCAUUAUUUGUGACUUUAUUUCUCUUGCUUGCAGCAGAUGGUUCCAUGCCGCCACUUGGGGAUGGGCAGAAUAUUAGUGAUGGAAGCAGCCAGGCCGAGCCUUAUCCACCAUUCUCUGCCAGGACAGUGAAACAGAUUCUGGAACUUCUCAGCGAUGAAUCGGUAAAGGACGAGUUUUGGGCUGGGUGUCCUGUCAUUGCGGGACUUGAUGUUCACCUAGAGCAGUGACCUUCUACAAGGCAUUCAGUGUCUGCCUACAGAGAUGGUGCUCUAGAGCAGUGACCUCCUUGGUGGCAUUCAGUGUCUGCCUACAGAGAAGGUGCUCUAGAGCAGUGACCUCCUUGUGGCAUUCAGUAUCUGCCUACAGAGAAGGUGCCCCCGAGCAGUGACCUCCUAGGUGUCAUUCAGUGUCUGUACAGAGAAGGUGCCCUAGAACAGUGACCUCCUUGGUGGCAUUCAGUGUCUGCCUACAGAGAAGGUGCCCUAGAGCAGUGACCUCCUAGGUGGCAUUCAGUGUCUGCCUACAGAGAAGGUGCCCUAGAGCAGUGACCUCCUAGGUGGCAUUCAGUGUCUGCCUACAGAGAAGGUGCCCUAGAGCAGUGACCUGCUAGGUGGCAUUCAGUGUCUGCCUACAGAGAAGGUGCCCUAGAACAGUGACCUCCUUGGUGGCAUUCAGUGUCUGCCUACAGAGAAGGUGCCCUAGAGCAGUGACCUCCUAGGUGGCAUUCAGUGUCUGCCUACAGAGAAGGUGCCCUAGAGCAGUGACCUCCUAGGUGGCAUUCAGUGUCUGCCUACAGAGAAGGUGCCCUAGAGCAGUGACCUUCUAGGUGGCAUUCAGUGUCUGCUACAGAGAAGGUGCCCUAGAGCAGUGACCUCCUAGGUGGCAUUCAGUGUCUGCCUACAGUGAGGGUGCCCUAGAGCAGUGACCUCCUAGGUGGCAAUUAGUGUCUGCCUACAGAGAAGGUGCCCUAGAGCAGUGACCUCCUGGGUGGCAUUCAGUGUCUGCCUACAGAGAGGGUGCCCUAGAGCAGUGACCUCCUAGGUGGCAUUCAGUGUCUGCCUACAGAGAAGGUGCCCUAGAGCAGUGACCUGCUAGGUGGCAUUCAGCGUCUGCCUAUAGAGAAGUGCCUGGCCACCAGGCAGCACUUCCAGUGCCCGCCUCACAGAGAAGGUGCCCUAGGAGCAGUGAUCUCCCAGGUGGCAUUCAGUGUCUGCCUACAGAGAAGGUGCCCUAGAGCAGUGACCUCCUAGGUGGCAUUCAGUGUCUGCCUACAGAGAAGGUGCCCUAGAGCAGUGACCUCCUAGGUGGCAUUCAGUGUCUGCCUACAGAGAAGGUGCCCUAGAGCAGUGACCUCCUAGGUGGCAUUCAGUGUCUGCCUACAGAGAGGUGCCCUAGAGCAGUGACCUCUAGGUGGCAUUCAGUGUCUGCCUACAGAGAAGGUGCCCUAGAGCACCUAGGUGGCAUUCAGUGUCUGCCUACAGAGAAGGUGCCCUAGAGCAGUGACCUCCUAGGUGGCAUUCAGUGUCUGCCUACAGAGAAGGUGCCCUAGAGCAGUGACCUCCUAGGUGGCAUUCAGUGUCUGCCUACAGAGAAGGUGCCCUAGAGCAGUGACCUCCUAGGUGGCAUUCAGUGUCUGCCUACAGAGAAGGUGCCCUAGAGCAGUGACCUCAUAGGUGGCAUUUCGUGUUUUUGAGCUGGUUUAGACUUUGAAGUUAAUUCAUUAAACAGUAAAUUGUAACAAACUUUUGAAUGAGUAUCCAAAUAAAAGGGAAAUUAGCUGGCUUUGAAAUUAUACAACUAAGCUUGUUACAGUUUGAAUAUUUUGCCUGACUUUUUUCCUGUAAAAAGUCCCGGCACUCGAAAAAGUAUGGCAAGAAAUUCAAGACUCAGCAAGUCAGUUUUAUUGAAGAAGUUUCAGCUUAAAAGGUUUCAAGUUUUGCUACGGAGUAAAUGUGUGUGUUGUGGGAGAGCGCUUCCUCCCGAGGUCUGAACUGGUGGUUCCGUAUUAUUACCAGUUAAAAACCCUGGUCCGAUAGAUUUCGGGAUAAUACGAUGUAUUGAACACUGUGCUAUUUUCCUCAUCUUGUCUGUGAAUUUUUGCAAUUCAGUUUUCAGCACAUUACAAUUUAAAUCUUUAAUAAUAAAACGGUGAUUAUGAGAAAUCGAAGCACGAGGCGUCAGUAUGCGUACUCAGGGGAUCCUCAUCGGCUGUGUGUGCUAUAUUAUAGCUUUCUCUGGUAGAGCUUAUACAUCGGCAGCUUGUAGCAGGUGGACAUGUGUUUUGUUUGUAAAAUAUAAUGAAGAAAGAUCAGCUGUACCCAUGGCAAUUCAUGAAUGAUUCUAAUCAUGUCUCGAUUCGACACAGGCUGUAUAGCUUCAGGAGAAAACUUUGGAAGGGUUCAUGGGAUAAGUGGAACACAAGCAAUUAAAACCAUAGUGGAUUAGAGUUGGCGGACGAGUUUCAGACGCCUCAUGGAAAGUUUGCUGCAGAAGCCUCAAACAAAUGGCCUUUUCCAUUAUUAUUGUUAUUAUUUUGUUUGCACUUUGUAUCUAUUUUAUACAAUUCACUAAUUCUGUGAUAUGAUCAGUGAUCAGCUCCAAUUACUUCGGUGUUUUUUUCACACAAAACAAAUUCUAAGAAUUUCACUCACAAUCGAGUUUUACCAUUCUUGUUACAGUAUGCCAACACAGUUAUUUAAUAACAAAUGAUGUAUUCGCUUUUCAAACCGAUUUCUACAUGAUUGUAAUGAUUCCUAUUCCUAUAUAACCUGGAAUAUCCUGUCUCCUUGCCAGGGUUUCCUUCUCGAGAGCAGACUCAUUCAUUUGCUCUCCCCAUUGGAAAAAAACGAGAGCUCUCUCAUAAAGCUGGACUCCAUUUUUGGGGUAAGUCUUCCAGCUAGCAGAUGUGAAAGGGACACUCGCCUAUUCCAUCUGUAGCUAUAUUGGAUAUGUUUGACUUGUCUGUAACGUCUGUGAGGCUCAGAUUAAAACUGGUUAUAUGUACUUUACUCUUUGCAUAUUUCCAUAUAGAGCCGUACAUAUUGUUUGCCUGUACAUGUACGACUGUCUGUAUACUGCUUUGGUACGAUAUAUUUAUGUAUACGUACUAGUCUCUCUCUCUGUUUAACACAAUAUAUAUAACCUUUAAGGACUUGUAUCUCUUUGUAUAACACAAUUACACAACAUACAUCGUACAUGCCUAACCUGUGUGUAUCUGCCUGUAUAACACAAUACAUACAAUGCCCUCAUUCAAUGUAACUGGAAUAUCUGAAUACAAUCCAUCACUGAUAUCAUGAUCCUUCCAGGCCCUUGGAAUUGAAGUGGAAGACGAUGUGUACAAACUCGUGGAAUUUUUCUUAAAAUACAAAGAGCAAACGUUAACACAGGUAAGAUACUUCAUUAAUAUUGAUUAACCAGACGCAUAGAAGGAAUCUAUAAACAUGGACGAUGACUGUCCAGACAUGCAGCCAAUCAGUGACCCACUUACUGUGCAUGAACUACAACUUUAUGAUCCCCUGCUCAAUAUAGUCAUUCUGUGACUCACUUCCUGUGCCUGGACUACAACUCUAUGAUCCCCUGCUCGAUAUAGCCAGUCAGUUACUCGCUUCCUGUGCCUGGACUAUAACUCUAUGAUCCCCUGCUCGAUAUAGCCAGUCAGUCACUCGCUUCCUGUGCCUAGACUAUAACUCUAUGAUCCCCUGCUCGAUAUAGCCAGUCAGUCACUCGCUUCCUGUGCCUUGACUAUAACUCUAUGAUCCCCUGCUCGAUAUAGCCAGUCAGUCACUCGCUUCCUGUGCGUAGACUAUAACUCUAUGAUCCCCUGCUCAAUAUAGCCUGUCAGUCACUCGCUUCCUGUGCCUGGACUAUAACUCUAUGAUCCCCUGCUCGAUAUAGCCAGUCAGUUACUCGCUUCCUGUGCCUAGACUAUAACUCUAUGAUCCCCUGCUCGAUAUAGCCAGUCAGUCACUCGCUUCCUGUGCCUAGACCUUAACUCUAUGAUCCCCUGCUCGAUAUAGCCAGUCAGUCACUCGCUUCCUGUGCCUAGACUAUAACUCUAUGAUCCCCUGCUCGAUAUAGCCAGUCAGUCACUCGCUUCCUGUGCCUAGACUAUAACUCUAUGAUCCCCUGCUCGAUAUAGCCAGUCAGUUACUCGCUUCCUGUGCCUAGACUAUAACUCUAUGAUCCCCUGCUCGAUAUAGCCUGUCAGUCACUCGCUUCCUGUGCUUAGACUAUAACUCUAUGAUCCCCUGCUCGAUAUAGCCAGUCAGUCACUCGCUUCCUGUGCCUAGACUAUAACUCUAUGAUCCCCAGCUCGAUAUAGCCAGUCAGUCACUCGUUCCUGUGCCUAGACUAUAACUCUAUGAUCCCCUGCUCGAUCUAGCUAGUCAGUCACUCUCUUCCUGUGCCUGGACUAUAACUCUAUGAUCCCCUGCUCGAUAUAGCCAGUCAGUCACUCGCUUCCUGUGCCUAGACUAUAACUCUAUGAUCCUCUGCUAGAUAUAGCCAGUCAGUCACUCGCUUCCUGUGCCUAGACUAUAACUCUAUGAUCCCCUGCUCGAUAUAGCCAGUCAGUUACUCGCUUCCUGUGCCUAGACUAUAACUCUAUGAUCCCCUGCUCGAUAUAGCCAGUCAGUCACUCGCUUCCUGUGCCUAGACUAUAACUCUAUGAUCCCCUGCUCGAUAUAGCCAGUCAGUCACUCGCUUCCUGUGCCGGGACGUGAUGCCAGAUUUUUCACACGAAUACCUGAGGCAUCAUGGGACAGGGAAGUUGCCACAACAAGUGCAGUGGAGCUAACUAAGUGUUUAUUGCUUUUUUACUUUCUUCCAUUGCAAUAUUCACACCAGUAAAAACUGAAAUAGCAUUUUACGAAACACCCGAAAACUGAUGGUGGAGGGGAAUAUAAAUACAGGAUUAUUUUUUUAUGAUCUGUCCAUUGGCUGAUGACCUCUUUAGCCAGUGCGUCUUUUACCUAUAGUGAAGUCACAUGGAGAAAACAUCUGUAAAACUCCUCUGAUUUCCAUUGUGUGUGUUAUGUGUUUGAGGAGGAAGAUAGAGAUUCAAAUGAUACCAGCCCUGAUAGCGAUGCUGGAGAAAGCCGGCCUCAAACCAGCGCCCUUAUUCACCCUAAUGAUGUGAUACGUGCUCUCCGUGCCUUUCUGUUGGAAUGCCGUGUAUCAAGGUUUGUUUCCAGUCCUGUCAAUGACUGCACAUAUAUACACUGCGCACACACACAUUGCAUGCUCACACACUACACACACUGCACACUCACACACUGCACACACACACUGCACACUCACACACUGCACACACUCACACACUGUCUAGGAAGUGUGGAAAUAAAACUGUGUGAAACUGUACAGGGCCUGUCAGCACUUUAAAACAAGAAGGACAGGGCAAAAUGGAGUUCAGAAGGUACAUAGGUCAAGGCAGGCGACUAGCGUUCAAUGUCCACAUACUGAGUCAAUGGACAGGGAGCUGGGCAUUCUGAGUCAAUGGACAGGGAGCUGGGCAUUCUGAGUCAAUGGACAGGGAGCUGGGCAUUCUGAGUCAAUGGACAGGGAGCUGGGCAUACUGUGUCAAUGGACAGGGAGCUGGGUAUUAAGUGUUAAUAACUGACUGGGAACGUGCACCUUCAGUAAUUUGGCACAUUAAUCUAUCUGCGAUUAGAGAUUUGAGGAAAGAUUUGGGGUGAAACUUUCAAGCCUUUUGUAUGUUUUUUGUAAUUAAAUUGUUGCAUGGACCUUCUUGCAUCUAGCUUGAAUAAAUGUUCACACUGGCCUAAAAUUGCGUGUAUAUCAUUUAAACUGCACCUGGUAACAAUCACUAGGCAGGGAUUUGCAAACUCUACCGAAUUAGGUUUCUGAACUAUUUGUGCGUGAUAAAUGGGUUUCAGGGAGAAACUUGCACUGUCGCGACUGGCUGGGCUGGAAGAACGUGAUGCAAGUGAGGAUGCGGCUUACUGGUCUGCAGCUGCUCACAUAAUCCCUGAAUCUCGGCUCAAGGUGUGGGAAGCUUUGGAGUCCGCACUGCAAAAGUAUCAGUAAGUACCACUGGCUGCCAUGAUUCAAACUUUGGAAGAUGCAGCAGUGUCUGGGUUAAGUUAUUUUGGUUUACACUCAUGACUGACAGCCAUUCUUAGGUUGACAUUUUCUCCUGUAGUUUCCCUUACAAGCUUCCCCCCGUCUAACCCAUGUCUGGUUUAUUAGUGAUGUCUUGAGCAGCCGAUCACAGCUGAUAAAGGAGACAUCGGGUCUCAGACAGCAGAACACUGAGCUGCGGAUGCUCCUGCACCAGUACCUAAAAUCUAAGGUAUGAAUUCAUAUCAUUUUCUACCUUAAAUGUAAUACUUUAAUUAUCUUUCACUACAACUUAAUGUCUUUUAUAUACUAAAUGUAUCUUCAAUAUCAACCUUGCAGCCACUCAAUUACUGUUACUAUUCUGGCAGACUGAGUGCGAUUCUUAUAGCAAUACGCUAAUGUUAAAAAUCCCGAUGUCAAAAUAAACAAUCCAAUCACAUGUUUCUCUAUGAGAAGAGUUAACCUUGGUCGGCAGCACUGUACUGUGCGUGAAGAGCUUCGAAAAUUGUCUUAAAGGAGGAGGCUCUAGUGGUUGUUUGUCUGACAUCCAUAAAAUGCAUGUUGUUGGCCAAGUUUAAGCACUGCAUUUUUAAGAAACAUUGUAUGAAUUAAAGCGACACUAUAGUCACCAGAACAACUACAGCUUAUUGAAUUUGUUCUGGUGAGCCCUUCAGGCUUUUUGCUGUAAACACUGUUUUUCAGAGAAAAUGCAGUGUUUACAUUACAGCAUAGUGAUUAGUCCACUGGCCACUCCUCAAAUGGCUACAAGAGGUGCUUCCUGGGGCAGUGCUGCACAGUGUGACUGACAUUCAGGGUCUCCACCCUCUGCAUGGAGACACUGAACUUUCCUCAUAGAGAUGCAUUGAUUCAAUGUAUCUUUAUGAGGAGAUGCUGAAUGGCCAGGGCGGUGUUUGGUUUGUGCUGGCUCUGCCUCCUUGACAAGCUGCGCCAAUCCAAUGAUUUCCUAUUGGAACGAUCUACACUUCUGAUGAUGUAGGCCAAGCAGGCAGACCAGGGAUAGAGCCAGCAGCAGUACACUGGAAUAAAUGUAAGAUUUUACUAUAUUUAGAGGGGCUGGGGGUGGGGGCGGGGAGGGAGCUAGAUGGUGUUUUAACACUAUAGGGUCAGCAAUACAUGGUUGUGUUCCUGACCCUAUAGUGUUCCUUUAAAUUAAAAAAUAAAGUACAGACAGUACAGCUUUCAUAUUAUUUAUGUCUUUUUGUGAUCAUGACCAUAAGCUCUAGGAUUCGUUUUGCUUUUCAUUAAAUGUAUCUAAAAAUAUUUUCUUUCCACAAACUUAGUUACAUAGUUACAUAGCUGAAAAGAGACUUGCGUCCAUCAAGUUCAGCCUUCCUCAAAUUAGAUUUUUGCGGUUGAUCCAAAAGAAGGCAAAAAAAAUCCAGUCUGAAGCGCUUCCAAUUUUGCAACAAACUAGGAAAAAAAAUCCCUUCUGACCCCAAAAUAGCAGUCAGAUGUCUCCUUGGAUCAAGCAGCUGUUACCCCACUAAUUAGCGAAUGAGUGUCUUUUCUAAGUAUUUUUUGUACUUUUCUUGCUUGCGUUACUAAUAUUCUCAACCAUUUUAAUAAAGGUCAAUACAGAACUGGAAAUCCCACCCACGCAGAUGCUUCGAGUUGAGUUUUCCAAGAACUGAACCCAUUUCUCAUUACUAAGGAAGUCCAACAGACUGUCAUCAUGCUUACACGUGUGAAAUGUUUGUGUGUCCUCCUCAAUAAAAUACUAAGAAGUCGAA